AUGGAGACCCCAGGGCACAAGAGGACCACCAGGAGCAACCAAUCUUCCACUCCGCUCUCCCCAACACGGAUCACCCGGCUGCAGGAGAAAGAAGAUUUGCAAGACCUCAAUGACAGGUUGGCUGUCUACAUCGACAAAGUGCGUUCCCUGGAGUCGGAGAACGCAGGGCUAAGGCUUCGAAUCACUGAGUCAGAAGAGGUAGUGAGCCGCGAGGUGACUGGCAUCAAGUCCGCUUACGAGACGGAACUGGCCGAUGCUCGUAAGACCCUAGACUCGGUGGCCAAGGAAAGAGCACGACUCCAGUUGGAACUCGGCAAAAUUCGGGAAGAGUACAAGGACUUGAAGGCAAGGUAAGAAACAUGGGUCUGUGCCCUGGGCAAUGCCCCGCUGGCUCUGCGUCAGCAUGAGCUAGCUUUAACCCUCUGAAUGCCAAAUGGACGUCAUGCUUUCUGUUCUGCCAGUAAUCUGUUAAAAAAUAUACAUGUAAAUAGUCCACCAAUACUGUACCUUGUUAACCUUUAGCUUCCUGAUAAAUGCCAGUUUUAGAACGUAUGUUCCUCCAAUAUGCACUGAGGUUUACAUUAAAUGGCUAGAACUACUACAUUAUUUAAAAAAAAAUAUUAUGUAUUUUACAAGUAGAGAUUGUAGCGUAUUAGUCCAGUGAUGUAGAUUUAAAAAAACAGAUACAAUUCGUAUCUUGUAAUACCUUUUUUUUUUUUUUAGUCCAAUAUUAACAGGUAUUACAAGAUACGCAUUUUACAUAAAGCUGUGAUUGCAUUUAGCCCUAUAUACGUUUAAUUGAAAACCAUGACCAUGUAUUUUUCUCUUUAUUCUCAUUGUUGUGUUUUUAUUCCUUUCUCUUAAUUUCUACAUUUUUCUUUAUAUAUCUAUAUAUAGGAAUCUAUUUAACUAAAAAAAAAAAAAAAAAAGUCCGCUAUGGUUCGUCAGCCCGUCCAUGUCCCCUUGUUCUGUGUUUUUAUUUGAAUGAAAUAUGUUAGCUGUGUAAUCUGUUGCAUUACUUUCUAUGCAUUCUUCACUCUGACCUUUUAAACUCCUCAUCUAAUAUCACUUUCAUUUAUGUAGCGCUAACGUUCUAAUGGCACACACACUUUAGCAGCCACCACUUUAACCCCUUAAGGACCAAACUUCUGGAAUAAAAGGGAAUCAUGACAUGUCACACAUGUCAUGUGUCCUUAAGGGGUUAAACAAAGUCUGCUUAAUAGUUCUAUACUGCAGGUAUUUUAAUUGCCUUUUGUAAUACAACACUUCUCUUACUAUCCUAUUGCAAAGUAAUGUCUUCACCUCCUCUGCUGAGAGGCAGCUUCACGCUUCCACCAGACUACUAAAAUGGUAUGUAAUAUAUCUUGUUCUUACCACGCGUGACGUAGAUAGUUUGGCUCUCUGCCUGACAUAUUCUAGCAGAGGUCUGUGGUGUUGUGCUUUGCAAGCAGAUAUGGUUUAAAUUCUUCAGAGUAUGUUAAAGGGUCCUUGUCUCGCAUAUUAUCUCUGAAUACCCAGCCCCGUAGAAAAAUUCACUCGCAGAUUUGAAGGAUGAGAGGGUUGUAUUCGCACAUACCCGUCUCUGGGCUGCUUUUCAUCAAGAGCCUGGCAGCUGUUCCCAUGCCAAACUUUAUUAUACCCGCCUUCCUUGGCACCGAUACCGUCUAUCGCAGCCCUUCCUGUGCAAGACAGAAGACAAGGCUCUGCCACAUAGUACCCUAUCCACUGCCCACUCCAUGAUCUUGGGACUGUGCUGUCCUGCCACUCUGCUGAUAAGGGCACACCCAAUCUGCAUAGGAGCGAUGCUCUGUGUGAUGUUACUGUAUUGAGAGCUUUUAUUUAGCUAAGCUAGUGUUGCUAAAUAGAGGGAUAUACAAUAACGGCUGCACUUCCCUAUAUGGUAGAUGUUCUAGGCAGCAAAAAAAAAGCCGUCUUCUUUCCAGGCCAAGCAAAUGGUACUGUGCCAACUUCGUGGUAAUCCUGCUUUCUAUUUUCCAGACGAUACACCACAUUCCUUGCAAAGACCUUCAUCCUAAUUAUACUCUGUGCUUUUUAUCCCACAAUUAGAAAAACAUGUUGCGCAGGCCCUGCGGCACUGUGUAAAAGCAAACAUGCAUGUAGUAUCUGAUCCAGGCCUGUAAAUGGUGCAGCCUGCCUUCUCCGUCAGUAUAAUCUGGGAAGGGAUACAGUAACGCUUUAUAGGCAGUUCAGAGAAUAGGAAAUGUCAGCUCUGGGUGAUGCGCAGAGGAUGACAGAAAUAAUGCUUGCUAAAUCUGCUUUCAUUUGGUCUCAGGAAGCAUCGCUCGCUUUUCAUGAGUAUGAGGGAAUAUCUUCCCCCAGCUAGGGUUUCCAGACCCCCACCGUAUUUCGCAGGACACCCAUCAUUUCUUCCAUCUCUUGGGCAGGACAUGUAAAAUGUGACCUUGCAGUAUGUAGCAUUCAAAUGCCACUGUAUUGAAACAGAUUUAAGACUAUUUGGUGUAGCAUGUGAAGCAUUCAUACUAUAGGGCAGCAGUUUUCACAGGCUGCCCAUCAGCUGACGCGUGUAGAUAUAUAUUGUGGAUCUGACAGAGCGUGCUCAGCUUGUGUGCCUUUUUUUUUUUUUUACAUUCUUUAUUUUAUCCAUUUUUUUUUUUUUCAUUGUGGAAAGAUAAUACAAUUACAACCUUAGAAAAAGGCCAAAAAGGACAGAGAGAAUCAUUGUUGUCAACAAAUACAGCGAGUUGAGUGUCUAAACAUAGAAAUAUAACCAAAACCGUAACCGCAAGUACCCUCCAUGGUAACAAAAAUGGCCACACUCCUAGUAGUGUGCCUUUUUUUUUAUUUUAUUUUUUUUUGGUAAGGGAGCAGUGCUCAGUUGGGUCUUUAGUAAUGGAAAUUCAGGAAUUCCAAGUUUGCAGAAUAUAUAUAUUUUUUUAGUUUCUUUUAAUUUAGAAAUAGAACCAACAUGUUCCAUGCCAAUAUGCAAACUGCAUGCAAAGCAAGCAGGAGGAGCACUCGACUCAAAGAAACGUACAAUCUAGUCGUUUAUAUCACUAUAAUGUUGAUGAGGGGAGAUUUUAAAACAGAUUGUAUUCCUGUGAAUAGGGCUUGUCCCGUCCUCUGUAGACUUUUAGCCAGGGAGGGGUUCAUAGACUUUCAGACUUUAUGGGUACUGCGGUUUACUGCUGCUGGUCUUUGAGGGUGGUCCUUUCUCAUAAAUUUCUCCACAAUAAAUGCCUGGGUGAAUCCAUUUAGGAUCUAACCUCCUUUUAGGAGCUAUACUACUAAACAGAGUGCUCUGGACCACCAUUAUCACAAUUAAGGUGGGAAUCUGGGUUCUCAGUCGUGCUGAAGGAGUAUUUGAGAACAAUCCAUAGUAAAAGGGUCUCCAGAUAGGAGGAUGAGCAGUGAGCACCCCUUGCCUUCAGACCUCCAAGUACAUAGCACUAGGUGAAAUCUCUACUGCAUUAUUUCUACUGAAAACGAGAAUUAAUCAUUUUUAAUAUUCAACAUUUCUUAUCCUUAUAAAUUGGCCUUAAAGAAAGUCCCCAUUUCACAGCUUUAGCUGCUGAAGGUGUGGUUUGCAGGUCUCUCCUGUAAGUACAUAUCCUUAUGUAUUAUGCAAACAUUCCUUUAAGUCGUGUUCUCAAAUUCAUUGCAUUCCUGGGCUGUAUAACCUGUAUCUAUGGUUAUGGCAUCCAUUUAGGGUUAUAUAUAUAUUUUUAUUUUUUAACUUCUUUCUAGACCCACGUUAUGUUCGCUAAUAUUUAACUUUACCAUGACAACGCAAAUCACCUUUCCUCUUCUGCAGAGCAAACAAUUAGUAGCUACAUUGAGAUUCCAGAGUUUUUUUGUUUCUUCAGGAACGUAACUAGUUAAGGAGGAAUUAAAAUGCCAAAGCCAUGCAUAAAGUAAUACAGAGAGCAUUCUGUGUGUACAUGGAAAUCUGUGUCCUUUUUAAAACCACAAUAGAUGAAAUCCUGGUGCCGCAGUUUUGGAUUCAGGGUAAGAGGGGAGUUGUCAUACAGAUCACACUUGUAUAUUCCCACAUUACAUUUAUGGCAUGACCUAGAUCCCCAAAACGGAUACACUGCAUUUUAAAUAUAACUUGUGUGAAAGAACUGGCAGCAGACCUGGUGCCUUAAUGUCCUUCACGCUCAUCGAUGUUAACUGCUCUCACACUACUGCAAUAUCAAGCACAGCGUGGGUGAGAUGGGAUCUAUCCGAUACAUCUUCCCAGCUGUGCUAGAUAACCUUUGGCCAAUUCAAUUUUGGAUUUUCAUGCUGAUACCACCUCCUUGAAGUGAGUUAUCCCAUCAGAACUAGUGUUGGUACUUCUAAAACUAUUAUAUAGAUCAAGCUGAAUCUCUUGUGCGAUGUUUUCCAAAUUUUGUAAUAACUUUGCAUUUAGAUUAACUUGUAUGCCAAAUUAUACAUGUUUCGCAUGUGCUAAUUCCUACGGCAUACACAGGGCUAUUCUAAAUACCGAAUAUUAAGGAAUUAAAUCCUAAUUGGAAAAUUUAAACUACGUUAAAAACUGAUUUGGAAAAACAAGGGUAAAACAUUUAGACAAAGUUGUCAAUUUUGGAAAUUCUCCACAUAUUUGGAUAUUUUAGCUUCAAUUCUACAAUUUUGAUUUUGUUAGAAUUUGGAUAUUCGUGCAUAACACUGUGAUAACAUUAUGGUUGACAUCAUCUGUUAGACAAAACAAUACAGUUGUUCCCAGUUGACCUUUUAUAUAUGUUAGGCGUGUGCGUGAUUAUAUAUUAUACACACAACCAACUAUCACCAGUCCAAAGACAGGGGAGCUGAUACUAGUGCAAGCUCCAUGGCUAGACAUGGGAUUUGCCUAUUGACAAAAUCACUAAUAUUUUAGUUUGAUAGCUUUCAAAUAUAAAAUCCGCAGAUAAUGUGGAUCCCAAUGAUAUAUUGUAAGGUUAUAUUACUAAUUCAUUUUUUUAUAGCGCCAGCAAAUUCUGUAGCGCUGUACAAUCGGACUAAUGAGAGAUUUCAUGGGGAAUUUCAAAUUUAAGGCCAGAGCGGCCAAAUUGAAAGCAUAGCCAAGAUAUUUAUUCCCCCCCCCCAGUUUGACUAUUUUGACAUUAAAAUGUAAAAUUCACUUUGAAUUCUCACUUUCCUAAGUAACCACCCUGUAAGUAUUGAACCAGGGUGCUUCGGUACUGUAGUUUUGGUCCUCUGAUAUUCUAAGCAAGCGUUUAAGUCCAACUUUAACAAGUCACAAAGAUUGUUCAUCUGGUGGGCGUUAUCGGUACUACUCCGACUUAUUCCUGCGCUAUGCACCAAAUAAUAUAUCGCUGCUGAAUUGUUGUGCAUCACAACUGUACGGAGACAAGUCUUUGCGUAGCGACCAGUGUCUGCUAAUCCAAUGAAAAGCAGAUGAUUUAGCCUUUUUCAAAUACAUAAACCAUCCACGCAGGCCGCUCCCAGAUGUGGGAUAAAGGCUCUUUGUGUGGUCACUUAUCAUGGCAUAGACAUCUUUUUAAGUCUACGUGGAUGUUGGCUGUGGCAUUUUGCCCAUUCUGAAAGUGGCUGUUAACCCUUCGGUGUGAGUAGGGCUUGUGAAGCUCAUGUGGAAAGGCUCACGCUUUCAGUAGUGAUGUUGUGGGAGCACGAUGUUUUCUCUUGGUUAAGACAUUAAGUAGAAUAAGAGACUAAACUCACAUUUUUAAUUUUUUUACAUGCCAGGCUGCAUACUGUAUCUGAAUGUUCCCAAACAACGGAAACCGCACCGUGACUGUUACAAAGUCAGUGGAAUAAAACCCAGGCCAGAGAGAUUUACACGGUUAUAUCUUUAAAUCAACAAGUUAGUUAUUAAUCUACAUUUACUUCACACCCAGAAUUUCUUGCUAAUCUCCACUGCAUUCUAUAUUCAGUUUAUUGCACCUUGAUAUUUUAUUAACUUUUUAUCAACUUUACCGUGAGCAUCUUCCAGCACUGAAUUCUUUUAUUUUUUUUCCUUCUGUAGCUUUAACUAAUUUUUGACGUGCACUCUAAUGGCGCUGCUGAGGUGCGAUCCACUGUAAAAUUUUAAGUAUCCCUCUGCUGUACUUGCAGCCUAAUGAAUGCAGCGUACUUUAACAGUCUUUUUUUAAUUUUUUUUUAUUUCUUUCGAGUCCAGCUCAUAACUUGAUCUCUGAAAGUAACUGUCUAUUCUUGUACUUUGAAUCCUUUUUACUAUACCUCUCUGCUUCAGCUCUGUACAUGUAAUGUAUAUACAAUGUGUGUGUAAAUGUUAUCAGGGUAGCCACUCCUCAGAGCAAUGUUGAAGGUGCACAUUCCUGUUGAUGCAUUGCCAAGUGUGUCUGAUACUGCUGAGGUGCUUACAAACAUGUAAACUGUUGGCAGUUUUUUUUGGGGGGGCAGGUGGGAUGUUACUCCAAACCUGUUUUGAAAUAAAUAGAAACAUUGCAAAUGCAUUGAUGGGAGAGAUGAGGCAGUGUUUACAUUACGGCCUAGGAACACCUCUAGUGGCAGUCACUCAGAUGGCCACUAGAGGUGCUUCCUGUGUAAGUGCUGCACAAUGCGCAACACUUAUAUAUAGCAUCUCAUUGCAUUGGCUGAGAUAAUAAAGUUUGAUCUCCGCAAAGGGGGUAGAUUCAGCCAUGACCGGACCCACACGGCGCUGGAAAAAACAUGAGUAAACUCAUUUUAAGCUUCUGUGUUGUAAGGUCACUGUUUUUUAUAGGGGGACACACCAUAGGCUUCUCACGGCAUAAGGGAGAUGUUAAACUACCUUAUUUACUAAUACUAAGUAAUCUAUACUGUGUUAACCUCUACCACUUCAGCUGGAAGGCUAUUCCAUGCAUCCACUACCCUCUCAGUAAAGUAAUACUUCCUGAUAUUAUUUUUAAACCUUUGUCCCUCUAAUUUAAGACUAUGUCCUCUUGUUGUGGUAGUUUUUCUUCUUUUAAAUAUAGUCUCCUCCUUUACUGUGUUGAUUCCCUUUAUAUAUUUAAAUGUUUCUAUCAUAUCCCCCCGUCUCGUCUUUCUUCCAAGCUAUACAGGUUAAGAUCCUUUAACCUUUCCUGGUAAGUUUUAUCCUGUGAUCCAUGAAUAGAUAGCUCCCUAAUACCGUUGGAAUUAGGGGGUUAUCUACUAAGUGGCUGCAAGAUGCAGCCAUGGCAUGAAUUGGAUUUUAAUUUCAUUCCAAUGAAAUUUCAAACCAAACAAAAUGCACGAAUUUCGUCCUAACAUGAAUGGACAAACUGUACUCAUUCUGUUAGGACGACAUUCGGUAGUUUCGUCGGCCCCCUGUCAAUAUGACAGGACGUUCGAAUGGCGAAUAAAGCAACUAGAGAUCACGGAGGAGAGGUGAGUAAUGUAAAAAUAUUGCUUUGACCACAGGAAAUGGAGCGGUCUUAAGCUCCUACUUGGGUCAAAGAUGGUCAAUCAUAGGAAAAUACAAAAGACAAAAUAGUCUCUACUUUGUCUUGUUAAUAAGAUUCUGAAAGAUGAUGAGAAGAGGAAACGAUUGGGGAAAGGUAAGUUCGGCAUGACAGUGUCACUUUAAAUAUUGGGUCAAAAUAGCUCAAUUUUUCAUAUGCAAUGUGUAAUUCCAUUGUAAAUAAUCCACAAUUCCCAGUUUGGUGAAUAUAUAUAUAAAUGAAGUACUGGGACAUUAGACAACUUUUGGUCUCCUGACACUGGACAUCCUCAUGCUAUGCAUGAUGACAUCAGAAACCCCAUAGGAAAACCGUAUGCAAUGCUUUGGUACAUAACUCUUAUCACAAUUAGCAAGACUUCUCGGACCGAGAUUGUCUGAUAACUUUAAAAUGUUUGAUUAUUGCCAUGUAGCAUUUCCCGCAAAAGCCUUUUUGUGUUCUUUGGUAUUUCGGGUCUAAAACUUCUGACUGGGGGAUGGGGAAGGCAAACUCAGUAUCUCAUUCUUAAUUCUUUCCCCGUACAAUGGCCUUUAUCCAAUUUAUAAAAAAAAAACCUGAAAAAUACAAAACUAUAUUUUAUGUCUGAGAAUUUUCUUCUUUUAUUGCGGAGGAAAUUCUGCCUUAUUUCCUCUCCUAAAUUGAAAUCCCAGUUGGGACAGCUACGCUGUUUUCUCCUUAUCUUGCGUCCGUUGCUCCAGGCUCCCAUCCAGUGAGGUGUUUCCACUUGUUUUUAUUCAAAAAGUGCUAGAUCGGCGCCUGAUUGGCUCCUCCUAACAGUUUCCCCAAGUGUCUGUGUUCUAGUCAGGAAAGUGUACUCUGCCCUGUGUAGUUUAAUCAUACCAGCACUCCUUGUUUUCAUUCAAAAAGUGUGAUGUGAAAGUGAUUCACACAGGCGGGACUGAGAUGGAAUUACUCUGCCACCGCCUUCCUGCUUAAACCAGUUAAUAUGUGAAUCACGAAUACUCAAUCAUUCCAGUGAAUAUGGUUACACAGAGCCGUACGGAAUGUAACCAUUAUUUAGGUGUAAUAAUCGCUGGUAUACUUCUUUCAAUACAGCAAACUAUUUCUGCUAGAGAUAUUUGGGUUGUAAAUCUGUUGAGUGCAUGCCUUGCUAAAUACUUUAAAUGCAUGCUCUUCCACACUAGGUAAAGUGAGGAAAAAGGUCACAAUCUUCUCCUUCACACACUAGGGGGACCGAGCCACGUUAAUGUUAAACAUUCCCUUUAACCCCGCUGUUAAUCACUGUGCAAUGCUUGCAUACGGCUGCCCUUUAAUGGUUUCUGUGGACUGCUUCAUCUAAGGGUUUUGCUCAUUCAAAGACCCUGGAAAUUGGCAACAUUAAUUCAGCAUCUGCUCCUCUCCAAUCCUCUAUCUUCUAAUCAGCCCAUCCUCUGGCACAUUACUGUUUAUGGUACACUUUCAGAUAUCCAUAUGUUCAUUCUGACCACGUCAUCCAUGCCUGUGUUCCAAUAUGCUCCACAUAUAUAUUCAGGUUUUCCAAAUUGGCAUUACGUUGACUACACCCCAAAAUACGUCCACUGUUUUAUGGCCUGUAACAAAUCCUUUUAGAUUCCAGAAUUACUAGUGAAGCCAUUUAUUUUUUUGCUUCUUGAUAACUGAUCCUCUCACUCACAAACCAACCUAAAUGUAACCCAUGGGUAGUCAACCUGGUCCCUACCGCCCACUAGUGGGCGGUUUGGGAUUUCAGGUGGGCGGUGGUGGGUUCUGCAGAAAAUGUCCAGUGGGUGUCGAUGGCCGUGGACCAAGGCCAGCAGGGGAGAUCCUUUCAUCUCAACUGCCAGCCCAUGCAGAGUCAGCCUUGCUGUAAGCCCUCUCGGGCUGGUGAGGAGAUCAAAGAUCUCCCACACGAGCCCGCUGGCUAUUCGUUCCAGCAGAGGGAGGGAAGGGCCUGGGAGGCUCUGUGUUCCUCCCGCGAACAGGAUGGUCAGAGCGGUGCUGUGUGUUACCAUGACAAUGCUCCAAUACAGUGCUCUGACCCCAGGAGGACAGCAGUGUCCGUCUGCAGAGUAAAGUGAACAUGCCACCACUGGACCACCAGGGCUUGCAGCAUUAUGUCCCCCUCCUUGGUAAAAGGUAAAAAGAAGGGAGGAGGAGACAAUAUAGAUUUUUACAUCUCACACACCAACACAAAGCAUAGACCUUAUGUACCCUUCACACACAACACCUCACAGACACACAUAUAGAAAAAAAAAGGGGAAAAAAAUAUACAUUUAAGUACAUUUUAUUUUAAAGAAAAUCUUCAUUUCUAAAAAAAAAAAAUUGUUUAAAAUUGCACUUGCGCUAUAAAAUUAGUUAAUGGGGCAGUAAGGACAUUUUACCAUCGACAAAAAUACAAAAGUGGGCGGUAGGUAUUAAAAGGUUGACUACCCCUGCUGUAACCUGAUGACACUCCUGGUGAGUUUGGAGUAUAGCGAUUUCAGAUAUAUGUAUGUAUGUGUGUGUAUAUUAAAUCCAUUUCUCGAUACUAACACACCAUCUGUAGCAAAGUGAGACUUGAUAAACACACAUUCGUGAAUAAGACUAGAAUUCCUUAGAGAACUUUCAUUUUCAUACUUUAAUCACUGUAUACAGGACUGCAUGCAAAUUGGUUGCAAAUCUGACAUAAUUGUGUGUGUGUGUGUGUGUAUUGAAUAUUUUGUGGCACCACUUUUUAAAAAUGUAUUAUUAUUUUUAUUUUUUUUUAAGCUCCUUUUUUUUCGGAGAUAACUUUAACUACAGGAUUAUUCUGUUUAGUAACUGGCACAUAGAGAUAAUAAUAAAAAAAAGAGGGGUGUGUUGGUUUGCCAGGACUUGGGCCUAGAAUCUAGGACUCUUGGAAGGUGUAGUUAUUGAUUUCAAAGUGGCUGAUGUAAGCCCUUCAUUAACCAGUCCCUGUAUAAAUCAGCUAGUUCAGGUUGAAUGUUGAUAGUUGUGAUAUAAAAAUAAAGGGUAUGGAAGAAUUUAUUUGUGGAACCUAUGAUAUUUCUGAACUGCAUUUUUCUCAAAGAUUUAGAUUGGCCAUUUCAUACUCUUAAUUCUUCCAAGGAAAAACUCCAGCUGAACGAGGGACUGAAAUUCUGGUGGAACUCUCAAAAAUGUAGGCGUUCUUGCAUAUUUUCACAUCUCGGCAAAUAACCUUAACCAUGUGAGUGCCAUAUGAAUUAUCAAAACACUGCACAAUAACAGGCCCUGGGGCCGUCAAUAAAUCAUUGCAUAUUUGCUGCAUUUGCAGAGUUUCUGAGAAUAAAACUCUAUCUUAUCAGUCCUUGAGUUGUUUGUUAUAUAGUUUUCAGAGUUGAAUGGCUUUCAUGCAGAUUGUGCUGCAUAGGUAUCAGGACUCCCUAAACGCACAGCUUACCCCUGGGCUAUGAUGAGCAUGGAAAUGUAGACUCUUACACUACAGACACUUCAAAGCAGCUCUGUUUGUAGCAAAAUCCCCUCUAUUUACAGGUAAAAUUACAGAAAUCAACUGUAGUAUGUACCCGGCAGGUAAGAAGGGAGUCCCGAAAGUAUCCAUAUACCUUCUGUAAUUAUUAUAAUGGCAUUUAUAUAGCGCCAACUUAUUCCGUAACUCUCUACAAUAUGAUAAAAGGGGGAAAUGUAACCAUAAAUGAGACAAUUAGAAAAUCUUACAAGAGCAAUAGGUUGAGGUGGACCCUGCUCAGUCUGUGAAAAAGGGGAGCUGUUGAUCGUGUGGGCUGAAUUGAAAUCGAACAAACUAAGCGAUAAGCUGAAGAUUUACUGCAUUCCCAUAGAAUUCUAUAAAAUGACGUGUGGACGCAUGCCUGGAUCUUGGACAUGUUUAAUGGCAUCUAACAAUCCAACAUAGUCGAUAAUCUAACGUGAGUGUGCAGGUAAUCCCUUCCAAAAAGCAGGGUUCAGUUCAACAUAGUGCUUGAAGGGACAGCAAUAUGUUCAAUUUAAAUGAUGAAAUUACUUUUUGUUGGGCAUAAAUCUUGGUUGCUUUAAUCACUAGUAAUCUCUUGAUUUUCUUUAUCCUUGCUUGUUCCCGAUUGCAGUAAACUCCAUGCAUAUUAUGUGCGAGUGAGCUUUCUGGGGAGGGGCAUUGAGGUUAAUUUACAUUAAAUGCCUUACUUUUCCUUGGCAUGGCAUGUGUUUUGUCAACUGAACACAUUGGAUCUCUAAAUAGAGAAGGUUUACUGAUUAUUUAUAUAGCGCCAACAAAUUCCGUAACGCUGUACAAUGGGAUCAGUGUAUUUCAUGUAGAUAUGCAAACGUAUAAAUACAUAAACAAAUUACAUUCUGCAAUGCUGCCUAUCCCAUGGAUAGAAGCAGGGUAACUUCUCUAUUUGCACAGAGAGGCGCUUAUGCUUUAUGGAGUAUUUUUGGCACAAUGACAUUUCCAGUGAAUUUCUGUUCUGUUACCAUUUGUUUUGUUGGAUAUAUUAAAAUCUUUCCAACGAUCACAAGUGACCGUUCCGCUUUAAUGAGCAGACUAGAUAAUAACGUUUAUAUGCUGCCACGUUCUAUAUUUAAAUACAAAAUGUAACUUUUUUUAUUUAUUUAUUAUUGAAUACCAGUAAGUCUUCAGUUUUUCUUUUCAGACACAGAAUCGUUUUUUCCAAGUAAAAUCUUGAGGACCGUUUGUUUUUAUUAGAUCUAUUUUUUAUUUCUCUUUCUCCCUGGAGCAGUUUCUACUGUGGUUUUUAAUUUCUUCUCAAAUAAGGGGUUUGCAGCUCGUGAGUCAAACAAACCAAAAAAAAACACUUUUUUUUUUUUGUUUUGUUAUUCCAAUUAAAGGAGAAAUUCAGUUUCCCAAAUAUGCCCCCCACUUCGUCCAACAAACCCAGGUUUCCUUGGUACUCAGAACAGGAACACAGAAUCGCACAAUAGCCCCGACAGACGGCACUAUCUGCAGCUGCUUCAUGCGCCUGUCACUGUCUGUUGGGGACAACAACUGCUUAGGCCUGGUACACGGGGCCUGUUGGAGAUUUUAUGAGCAGUCCUCCCGCAGCUGUUCCUCUAGAACACUGUGUAUUUAUAGUGACGGUGACUCCCAAUAAACUAAACAUGCAUCUGUCUUGCUGGGAGCUGCUGGUGUUCUGUUUUUUAAUAGUGGAUAGGCACACAUGUUGACAUUAACAUUGUCUAUAAUAAGGUGUUCUUCUUUAGAGAUAUAUCUUUCCAUUUAAUCCCAAUGGUAUUCAUACUCCAAGCACUAAAAUAUAUAUUAAACUGAAAUUUGAAUCGUAUAAUUUAGGCAGAUAAAAAGCAGACUAAACUAAACCACUUUUCCACUCAACCAGCAGGUCCGGUGAAAAAGAAUCAGAGAGGAUAGUACCAGUCUAUCCCGGGCUGAAACGGCAGUACACUGGGUUCCAAAAACUGGUAAAUGUCGUAUAAAGUAUCAAAUCGUGUAUGGGGGUAGCUAAGGGAGGGCUAAGGCUAAAAUCAGUAAAUGUGAAUCUAAUCAGGCUUUAUGGAGUUGUGCCUGAGACACACUGUAACUGAAAUAGACAAAAUAAGAACUAGCAGAUAAGGGGGGAGGAAUCUAAGAGAGCAGUGGUAAUGGUGGAAACUGGUUCUAAUAUUGCAGGAAGUAAUCACAUGGCCACUUGUACACCCUUACAAGAAGGUAAAUAGAAACUACUAUGACCCAAAGGAGAGUACAAAUAGGGACAGCAAAUAAAUACCUCUGCUGUUCUACGGAAAACAGCCUAGUACCAGCAUAGGACAGGAAAUGAAUACUUGCAAUUGAGCAUAAUACAUCAGUUGCUGUGCUAAGCCAGCAAUUUAUCAAUACCAAAGGGCGAUUCCCCCUUACAGAACAGCUACCAACUGACACUAAUAAUAUAUUCUAUACAACUAUCUACAAAAUCUAAUGUGCGUAGUGAAAGUGAGCUCACUUCCUUUUUCUCACGUUUACUUUGCACUAUGCACAUUAGAUUUUUUUUUUUUUUCCUUAGAAUUAUAUUUUAAUUAUAUUCUCCUUUGAGUCAAAAUAGUUUCUGUUGACAUUGUAGCAAGGGUGUACAAGUGGAGAUGAAUACAGUUACAGUGUGUCUGAGGCACGACUCCAUAAAGCCUGAUCAGAUACACCUUUACUGAUUUUAGUCUUGGCUCACCCUUUGCUACCUCCGUACACUCUGAUACCUCAUGUUAUUCUGUGUUCAGCACUUACCAGUUUUUGGAACUCAGUGUUCUGCCGUUUCGUAGAAAAAAAAAGAAGCAGAUUUGGAAAAAUUCGACCAGUCCCCUAUUGUUACAGCUUGGCCCUUUAUUUUAUCCUUAAAGGGACACUCCACAAAGUACCUGCUGAAGCAUUUGGAUGACCCCUCCCCCUGUAAGGAGUAAGUAUUUUUGCUAGGUGACAGCUACUCAAGUCAUUUCAACCCUGCAAUGUAAACAUUGCCAUUCUACAGAAUGCAAUGUUUUUACACUGCAGAUAGUGGUCUGAGUGCCUGUAGUGUCCUGGUUACUCCCCCUUGCUUUCACACAAUUCGUACUGUUACUGUUUAUAGCUGCUUAGCUCAGUGGAAACUCAAGAGGCAGCAAUUACCGAGAGCACCUGCCUUGCAAACACUUCUCAUUGAGCUGCAUUGGGAAGCCUGUGAUUGGACAGCCACAGAAAGUCUGGUUGGGGUUGGAAGGGGAGGGCUUGCCUAGGCUGCAGACAAGAGAUCUGCAGCUUUUGCAACCUUUUUAGAUAUAUCCCUAAUGAGAAGAAUGCAUAUUAAAUACAUGCAUAUCUCAAAUGGGUUAUAUCUACUAAAUUGUAAAAAAAAAAUAAAAAUAAAAAAAUUGCAAUAUGGGCUUGUAAUGCACUACCAUUCCUUGUUUAGUAGACCCCAAUCGUGUGGUUAUACAGGUUGUAGCCUAACUGGAAAUGGGAGUGUGCUCCAAUAUAAAUGUGUUAAGACCUAGGAUAACAUUGUGGGCUAAUUUGCAUGCACCGCAAAACGCGGCGCUGUGCUAAUUAGCAUCGCCUCACAGAGAUGCAUUUAAUUAAUGCAUCUCUAAGCAGAGCUUGGAGAUGCUGAACAGGUCCUGCAAAGAUUACGGGACAUAAUCCAGGAGGACUCUCUAUUGGCAGUCUGAGAGACAGCCGCUAGAGGUGUUACGAAGGAGAAAUGUAAACACUGCCUUUUCUUUGACACCGAGCAUGGACAGGCUAUAGAAACCAGAACCACUACAUUAAACCCCCCAUUAGAAAAAGUUGUCCCUAUGCUUUAUUCUUAGAUAUUGCAAAAACAAAACAAAACCUGAAAGUACAAAAAAAGUAAAAAAAAAACAAACAAACAAUAAAACUAAAAUCAAGGAGAAAUAUACCUGAAAUGGGAGAAACCCACUUUUAAAGUUAAAAGUAUUACUUUUAUGGACUAACAUUCGUACGUAUUUGCUUUUUUCUGUUUUGUUCAUUUUAUACAAGUUGUUAUUUUUGGGCAUUUCAUUUCUCUUCACUAUGUGUUUCUGCUGCUCUACCUGCUUGUUAUUUUUCUAUUUAGAAAGUUCCCAGCCAAUUCCCUGGACUGAUUAGUCACAGAACAGGACCUAUAAUUAAAUUCUUACAGAGAACAAUUAAUUAGGAAACUAAAAGAAGCCGUUAGAUAAACGGAGCUUCAAUACAGUGUGUCCGGACCUUGUCUCCAAACACAACCAGGCUUCCUUCCUCCCCUCACAGCCAAGAGCUGAUAGUGAUUAGUCAGACCUGCAUCCAGCGACUUUGAGACAAGCCUUUACAACUAAGGAGUGCCCACUAAACUAAGGAGAACGAUGGGUUAAUAACAAGGGGGUUUCUAUAAGAAAGUGUAAAAAUAUAAGCAAUUUAUAGCAAAAGUAUACUUUAAAAAAAAAAUUGUUGAUGAUCCGUAGAUCAAGGCGGAGAUGCGAUGCAUGCACAGUAUAUAGGGAACAAUUUAGUGCAAGUAAUGUAACUUAGUGACUUGCCAUUCUUAUUUGUAUCUAGCCUAGCCCUGUCCUAAAAAAUAAUGGAACACUGGCUUUAACAGUGAAUGGCAAGCAUUAGCAGGUGGCAAACUACUACCAGCUGUGUAAACAUUCUCUACUAGUUCUAGGACCUCCUGUUUUUACAGUUCUGGCUAAUAUUUAAUAAGGGAAGAGAAAUCUGUGAAACAGAAAAUCUUUCCAUGCUAUUCUAUCCUCUGUUUAUGUGUAUGGAGAGAGAGAUUUUUUUUUAAAUCUCCAAGCUACAGUCUGAUGAAAUGUUACUUUACAGACCGGUACAACUGAUGAUGGCAUCCAGUGAGGAUUGAAGAAAGAUUUUGCCUAUUGCAGAGGAAAAUAAUUAGGAUUUGGUUUUGUCAGUUUCAAUAGAUAUUAAAAAAAAAAACAAUGUUCAUUUUUUAACAAAGAACAUUUAGGGCUAAUUAGUUCAUAUGCAUGACAUUAUUAACUUUUGAUCCAGGGAGAAAUCUUAUUCCCCUAAAAUAAUGAUAAUAAUUAGAUUUUGUAGUUUAUGUAAUUUAGGUAAAGUUCCAAAGAUUAUUGUAACUGCUUUGUCAGUGUUUAGGAAGAGUUUGUUAUCCGCUAUCCACUUUUCUACCUCUGUGAAUUGGUUUUGGAGCACAGCCUCAAGCUGCGGUAGAUUGGGUUUACUAGCGUAGAUUACAGUGUCGUCUGCAUACAUGUGCACCGUUAAGGAUUUGCAGAAGUUGGGCAGAUCAUUUAUAAAUAAUGUGAACAGCAGGGGGCUGAGUAUGCAGCUUUGGGGAACACCACACGUGACUGGAAGAGGGAGGGAAAUGCAAUCCGAAAUGGCCACAUAUUGCAAUCGGCCUGAAACAAUGGAUCGAAACCGGGUUAGCAGACGAUCACCAAUGCCUGAGUUUUUAAGUUUUUGCAAAAGAAUAUCAUGGUCUACUGUGUCAAAGGCCUUGGCAAAGUCAAGGAAGAUUACUCCAGUUAAGUCUCCUUGUCCCAUGACAAUUUGGAUGUCAUUGCAAACUUGAAAGAGGGCAGUCGAUGUUGAGUGAUUUGGACGAAAGUCUGAUUGAUUAGGGGUCAGAUAAUUUGAUUGUUGAUGAUCUUCACAUAGUUGCGUGUGGACGCAUUUUUCCAAGAUUUUUUUACAAUGCCAGGAGCAAUGAUAUUGGGUUAUGGAUAGGUACAACUUUUGCAGUCUUCCAAAGUUUGGGUAUGUAUCCUGACACCAGGGAUUCAUUUAUAAGUGUAGUGACAGGUUUAGCAAUUGCUGGCGCACUGAGCUACAGCAACAUUGCUGGGAUUUGAUCUGGUCCACACUGGUUUUUCAUUUUUAAAUUAAGAUUUUUAUUAACGACACUAACAGGCUUAGGUCUAAAUUUGAAUUUAUCUAUAUGAGGAAUACAUAUGUAUAUCUAUAUCUUUUUUUUUUUUUUUUUUUUUUUUUUUUUUUUUUUUUUUUUUUUUUUUUUUUUUUAUCAAUUCUUUAUUUUUGCAUUGACAGACAUUGAAGGUAAGAGCAUUUUUGGCUUACGCAGAAGCCCAUCUUUUCAAGUAUGCUUUAGUCAUGGUACAGAAAAAGACUGGGUUGUUAGUAUACAUAAUAUACAUUUUAGACUUGUUGCAUGUGGGUUGCGUAGAGGCUGUUGUCAUUUAGCUUUCGCCUGUCAAAGGUUUUUUUUUUUUUUUUUUAUUCGUUGUGUACACAAAGAAAAACAUAUAUACAAGCAAAACGAUCAAGUGAACGUAGGUGUUAAAUCCUAAAUCUGCACGAGUGAUUAGCGGUCUGUGAUUGGGUGCUCAUUUGUCCUAUGAUUUUUCCUCAUAUUGUUCCCAAAGGGCCCAUACCUUUUGAAAUGUGGUGGUAGUGUUCCGAACGGUAGCUGUCAUCUUGUCCAUUAAGUAAUUAUCUCUGAUUUUGGAAAUUACUAAUGAAAGUGGGGGUGUCUCUGGUUUUAUCCAGUAUUGUGCCAGUGCCCUACGAGCUGCUAGAUUGAGCAUAUUCAGAAGUUUUUGGUCGUGUUUGUCUAGUCCGUUUGUCGGUCGUGAUAAUAGACAUGCCCAGGGGUCCAGUGUUAUUUGUCGGUGUAGGAUUUUAGUGUGCAUGGCCACUAUCUUUUCCCAAAACUCCUUUACUUUAAUACACUGCCACCACAUGUGGAUGUAUGUGCCUUUUUCUCCACAUAGUCGCCAACAGGUAUCGGUGGGACAGAGUUGCAUGUGUUGUUGCUUGACUGGUGUUGUAUACCACCUAAGCAUUAUUUUAUAUGAUUGUUCCUGUAAGGUCGUGCAUAUAGACACUUUCAUGUUCGCCUCCCAUAUGUCUUGCCACUCCGUUCCCUCUAGUGUUUCCCCCAGAUCCGCUUCCCAUUUGUCUGUGUAUGUCUGCGGGCCCCACGUGCCUGAUUCUAGGCAUAUGUGGUUGUAGAGCAGAGAGAUUAGUUUCGCUGGCAUGCUUUCUUUGAGGCAUAUUUGCUCAAAGAAAGUUAGAGGCUUGGCAAUUGCCAUUUUGACCUCAUUGGUUUGCGCGAAGUCCCGUAAUUGUAUAUAUCGGAAGAAGUCGCGGGUUUGCAAUGGGGCUAAGGUUUGUAAGUGUUGGUAUGUCACUAGUUGGUUAUCUACGUAUAGGUGGAUAUAGCGUUGUAGGUUCGUGGCUUCGAUGCCUUUAAAGUCUCGUGCCCUUAGACCCGGUGGGAAUGCUCUGUUACGUAGUACUGGGGUCAUUGGGGACGGGAGGUGUGUGAGUUUGAAUUUCUGCGCGAUCUGGUCCCAUAAGCUAAUGGAGUUUAGGAUGGCCGGGCAGUCUGUCCGUAAGAUUGUUCUGUGAUGCUUCGGUGUCCAUAUGAGGAAUUGCGGGAGGUCUGCUCCUGUCAUGUGGGAUUCUAUGUCGACCCAACAGCGUUGAUUUUUGGGGCAGUGCCAGUGAGCUAUUUGGGCCACUUGGGCUGCGGUAUAGUAAUGGUGAAUGUGGGGCAUACCCAGGCCGCCCCUCCCCUUGGGAUUAUACAGUAUUUUUUUGGCUAUUCUUGGCCGCUUUCUCUGCCAGAUAAAGGCGUCUAUUGCUUGUUGUAGGCCAGCUAGGUCACUCUUGGUCACUCGAGUCGGGAGCGCUUGGAAUAAGAACAGCAGUCUUGGCAAUAGGUUCAUUUUUAUGGAAUGUAGGCGACCUAGCCAUGUGAUGGGUUUGUCUGUCCAAGUUUCUAAGUCCGUCUUGAGUUUUGUGAUCAGUGGAGUGUAAUUAUGUUUAAAUAGUGUGCUGUGAUCUGCUGUGAGUUUGACGCCUAGAUACGUGAGUGUGUCUGUGUUGGUUUUGAUAUGAUAGGUGUGUCUGAUGUGUUGUACCUCCCGGUCAGGUAUAUGGAAUGUCAGUGCCGUCGAUUUGGUUAAGUUAACUUUAUAUCCUGAUACUUCACCGUAUGUCUGCAGUAGCUUUUCUAAAUUUGCCAUCGAUUGGGCUGGGUCUGUGAGUGUUAGGAGUAUAUCAUCUGCAUAUGCAGCUACUUUGAAGUGUUCAUCUCCCAAGUGCACUCCUUUUAUGUUUGGGUUUGCUCGUAUGAGGUGUAGGAGGGGCUCUAGCACUAAAGCAAAGAGGAGUGGUGAUAGGGGGCAGCCCUGUCUUGUUCCAUUGCUCACUUGGAAUGGGGAUUUUGGCGCUCCUGUAAUUAUGGUUUGUGCUUGCAGGUUUGUGUAUAGGGCCUUUAUUGCCGUGAUAUAGGGUUCCGGGAAUCCCUGAGUUUGAAGUACUGUGAACAGAAAAGGCCAUUGUACCCUAUCAAAGGCCUUUUCUGCGUCGAGGGAGAGGACAAGGGCAGGUUGCCUAGUGUGUGAUAUAUGCCAGAUCAGAUCCACCCCUCUGCGUGUAUUUUCAUAUAACUGGCGUCCUGGUAUGAAGCCGACCUGAUCUGGGUGUAUUAAUUUAGGUAACAGUGGGAUUAGUCUAGAUGCCAAUAUCUUUGCGAAUAUCUUUAAGUCGGUGUUGAUGAGGGAGAUGGGUCUGUAGUUUGUGGCAAGUGUGGUGUCCUUGUUGGGUUUGGCCAGUAAGAUAAUGUUGGCGGUGGCCAUAUCUCGGUCUGGAGUUCCCCCCUGAAGGAAAUGGUUAUAUAGUUUGGUGAGGGGGGGUAUCCGUUCUGUCGUAAAUGUUUUAUAAUAGCCCAUAUCGUAACCGUCAGGUCCUGGUGCUUUGUUCCCUUUCAGGGCGGAGAUCGAGGCCGCUACCUCCUCCGGUGUGAUGGGUGUUUCUAGAGCGUUGGCCUCUCCUGUUGUCACCCUGGGUAGAUUAGUGUGGGUUAGGAAGUCAGCUAUGUGGGCGAGAUGUUGAGUCUGGGCUUCCCCCUCCAUUGGUGCAAGGUUAUACAGUUGCUGGAAGUAUUCUGUAAAGGCGUCAUUGAUUUCUUUCGGGGUGUUAACUAGUUUGUUGGCUUUGUUACGGAGCGUUGUAAUGGGUUUAUAUCCCUGUCUCGGUCUGAGUGUACGCGCUAGCAGUGUGUCCAUUUUAUUGGCUUUUUCAUAGAACUUGCGCCGUGACCAUAGUAUAGAACGUGUUAUUUCUGCUGUCAUGUGCUCCCUGAUUGCAUGAUGUAUAUCUAUAUCUUGUUACCCGCCCACUUCCCCCAAAUGUGUAUUUUAAAAAGGUUAAACCUUUAUGAAAUACUCUUGUUGACGAUGUUGGAAUUUCACUAAAAUGCUAAUGCAGUCAAAAGAAUUACUAAGACUGGGUAGGUAAUCUUCAACAGUCUAGAAUGUUGUGGACCACAUCUCAACUGAUGCUUUGCCAGCAUGUUGGCUGUAAGAACAUUAUGGGAGAUGUAAUUCACAACAUCUGGAGUGCCGAAGAUUGCCGACUCGUGUUAAGACCAAGUAAGGACUAUGUUGUCUUAGUCAUUUUCCUUCGAUUGACUAAAAGACAGAGCUACCUAUUUUGUCAGGCCCCCAGCCAUCAUUAGUUAUGUUUGAGGGGGAAAGGGGCAUUGAUCAUAGAUGAUCUUGUGGAACCCUCCAUAGACCUCGGUGUUGUACUAUUGUGCAUGCACACAAGUACAGCGCUGACGUGGGCUCGUGGCUGAAGAGAUCCGUCAGGAAGAGCAUGGCAGCGGCUGUGUGGGACUGAUUCAGGUAUAACUCUGAUUCCCCUGCACCCAGCAGCAACCGGACCCCCAGCAGCAAAGUCCCCAUCGGGAGUCUAUGGAAAUUAUACAAAGGUCCCCAAUGAGACAGAGGCAUCCUAACAGGGAUUAUCCCAACUAAAUGGGGACACUUAGUAGUAGGGAUCGAUCGAUUAUCGGUCUGGCCGAUAUUCGGUAUUUUCGGCAAUAUCGGAAUCAGCCUGUAGAGAUAUCGAUAAUGUUGACCAGGAGGGCCCGCAGCAAGCUCUUGUUUACCUUCCCUUGCUGUGGGCCCUCCUGGUCUGCAUUAUCAAUAUCUCUACAGGCCCCCACUGCACAGUCCAUGCCAUCGGACCACCAGGGAAUGCCAUAUCCCCCCUCAAUGGCCAAGUAAGAAGCAGGGAGGAGGACAACAACAAAUUAUUCUUUUUAAGUAAUGUUAACAUCAAAAUGCCCCCCACCCCCCCAUUUUACAUAUCUACACACACUCUUCAUUAUAUAAACUCACUACACAAACACACUGCAUUUACUAUACACACACACACUCUGUAUUCAUUAUACACACACACUCUGCAUUCAUUAUAUAUCUAUAUAUAUACACUGCAUUUACUAUGCACAUUACACAAACACACACACACUGCAUCCACUAAUCAAAUACUCUCACUGCAUCCACUACACACACACAUUCUUGAAAACAUAAAAAAUUCUGACUGACAUGUAUAUUUUGUGCAUUUUCCUGUGCAGAACCCUCAGAAUCCUAGGCCUCUUGUAGAGAACCCGAGAAUGAGAAACAUAAUAGUACGUGUAUCUUUAGCAGUACACUGGCCCAUUGUUUGUGCAGGUGAAAUUUGUCCAAAGAUAUUUUAUUUUUAUUUAUUUUUUUUCUGAAUUUGGAUGAGCCAAAUUUCUCCAACUUGCUUUAAUCCAAUAUAGAGUGUGAUCCAUAUGGUUAAGAAUGGAGAUUACAAAUGUCCUAUCGGAACAGCCUGUCGUGCUAUGAUUCGCCAUCAUAAGCUGAGAGCCCUCUCGCACUUAACCUAUCAUUGCUGUUCAAAGUUGGACAGAUUUGCACUUGAUAUUUUGGAAGUAUAAUUAAUUUUCCAUUUUAUUAGCAGGAUUACAGCGGGACCAAGUGCCUAGAGAGCUGCAUUCACUGUAAUUGUAAGACAUUAAACUGGGCGAAGCUACCAUAGAUUCCAAGCUUCGUAACCAAAACAAUGAGCCAAACAAGCUAAACGUAGCUGAGCCAUUAAGUGGUUAACAUUUCAGUAUACAGGUAUGGUGUGCUUUGAAACCAAUCCCUAUAAAAUAUUUACUGACUUAGUCUCCAAAGUCAUCUCUUUACUUGCGCUUGAAGAGACACACCACUCUGCUUUCGGAUCCAGCCUGGCUUUCAAAGCAAGAUUACCUCACAAGUUGGUUACAGAACUGUCAACUGGAUCUUAAUCUGUGGACUGACAUGGGCAUUUACGAACAAUACAUCUUUGUUACUCCUUGAUCUUUGAGAAGCAAAAUGCAUGUUAUUAACAGUCGCCCUGUCUCCAAAAUGUGUGUGUCAAAAAAACAAAAUAAAUACAUAUAUACACAUAUAUAUGUGCGCACACACACCUGAAUGUAUUCUUAUUUUAAUCUAAAUAUGUAGAACUAAAUGUAAAGAACAAGUGAUCUUAUUUGAUGAAUUAAAAUCAGAAAUGUUUGCUAAAAUAUCCGUGUGGUUGGAGUACAGAUUGUGAGACUUGUCUGUGGUUUUCUAUUUGUAAUAUGUGGAAGUAGGAAAGGAAGGUGUUGGUAAAGUCACUUUGUCAGCUCGCCACAGAUUAUCUGAAUAAGACUCGCGUCACGACAAUUGUCCUCAAAGCAGUAGUGUAACUAGGAACUCCCUGAAAUCAAAUCCACAGGGUUAAUUUCCGCUCUGACUCCUGUAUGAGUCAUUAUAUUAUACAUUAAUAAACUAAAUGUAGCACACAGGUUACCACGGAAACAUAACAUUUAUGAGCAUAUUCAACUAGUUUGUAUCUUUUUAUUCAUGCACAGUGAUUUAUUAAUUGGCAUUGUAGUUUAUACUUUUUAUAAAUAUAUUUUUUUAUAGUGUUUUUAAAGCAUUAUCUUUCUUGUAGUCCAAAAAAUGAUUUUAUUUCAUCAAUUUCUAUUGCCCAGGUUCUGUGUAUUUACCUGUAUCGAUACCUAUGUUCUGCCUUUCUAAAGCGAAGGUAUGCCUCACAACUUUUCAAAAGGUCAAAAGGGACACUUUAAAGGGACUCUCCAGACAGAGGAUUUUACUCACCUGGUUCUAGUGCCGGAAGCCUCAAAAUGACGAAAUAGGCGGGUGCGAGCAGGGAGCAAUCAGACGCUUCCAUUUGGAAGUGUCAUUGCUCCCUUGUGCGCAUGCUCGGCUUUGCCGCACAUACUUCAGAGGGCGGCAUUCAUGCCUCCCUCAAGUCCUGAGCGCACUACCGCGCUCAGCUCUCGGUCUUUGCUCGCCCCCUCUCCUUUGCUGACGGGCAGAAGAGAGAAGGCGCGCACACAGUUUUUCUCUGAAAAUACAGUGUUUACAUUAGAUUGCCUGCAGGGAGCUAUAGAUCAUACCUGAACAACUACAUUAAGCUGUAGUUGUUCAGGUGACUAUAGUGUCCCUUUAAAAUUAAAGGUGGGGGUGUGUCAAAUGUAAUUUAGAACAAGAACCAUGUAUCUUAUUUACAUAGACUGAUUAUUUUUUUUUGAUUAUUUUUUUAAAUUUAUUUUUUAUCCAUUUUUGCAGUGCAUCUUGUUAGUUAACAGGCUAACCGUGACAUUUUAAAAUUAAAAAAUACUAUGAGGUUUAAAGCAAGAUCUUCAUAAAAUGUCAGAUAUAUAUAUAUCUCUCUCACAGAUCAAAUAAUGAUAUCAAAUAUACAGUGCGUAGGGGUGAUAGUGAAAGAGGUUGUUAAAUGUUAUAUCAUAGGCUGAUUUCUAAACAUAUUUAUUGUAGUUUAAAUACCCCUUACUGGGUAGGUAAUCUUCAACAGUCUAGAAUGUUGUGGACCACAUCUCAACUGAUGCUUUGCCAGCAUGUUGGCUGUAAGAACAUUAUGGGAGAUGUAAUUCACAACAUCUGGAGUGCCGAAGAUUGCCGACUCGUGUUAAGACCAAGUAAGGACUAUGUUGUCUUAGUCAUUUUCCUUCGAUUGACUAAAAGACAGAGCUACCUAUUUUGUCAGGCCCCCAGCCAUCAUUAGUUAUGUUUGAGGGGGAAAGGGGCAUUGCUCAUAGAUAGACCUCGGUGUUGUACUAUUGUACAUGUACUAUUGUGUCAUGAUAGAAAAGAGGGACAAUGGGAUGUUGGCCCAAAAUAGGGACUAUCCCUCCUAAACAAGGACACUUGGGAAGUAUGACUAAGGCACUAUAUAGUCAAGAUGCCAUAAGAAUCAGGCUGAUUAUUGAUAUCACAGAACACUGUUUUUUUUUUUUGGAUGUGUGUGUGAAAGGUUAGGAAUUUACACUAAAUUUCAAUGUAUACAAAUAAUUUUAAAUAUAGCAAUUGGAAACAUUGCAAAGCCUUUUAGUGUAUUUUGUAAAAAAAAAAUAAAAACAAGUCAGACUUCUUUAUCGUCAGCAUAUUCUAACAGUGCUUGUCAAAUUCACUUUUGAUUAAAUAAACAAGAUCAUGCUAUGUUAGGCUAGUAUUCUUUAAUGGCAGGCAAGUGCAACAUGACAGUCCACUGCAGCGCACUUAUCCAAAACUAGAAGUAUAGCGCCAAUGAUAACACCGCGAUGGUUUUCAUGCUGCAUGUGUGCCUCGUCAGUCUCACUAUAGCUCAUCAUCCCGGUGAUAUACUCUGCACUUAACUUACAAACCGAGUAGUUUCCCUUUACCGUCCAUUUACAAAAUGCAUUUUAAAAUAAGUAAUUUUAGCUGUAGACUGACAAGGGACACUAAAAAUAAUAAUUUCUGAUGAGUCCACUGUAUAUCCUACAAGCACGCUCUUUUCGGCCUAUCAGCCAUGCAGAGUGCGGAUGUGGUCAGACUUUGUCAAGGCUAGUUUUAUCUAAAAGCCUUUCAGGAACUUCCUUUUUUUUUGUUUUUAUAUUUUAAGAGCAAGUUGCCUUUUUCCAUUGUGAACGAUUCUUGUCAUCCUUGGAGUUGCACUCAUUCUUUAGUCUUUUUUUUAAUAUAUCACUCUUUUUUUUAUUUUAAAGAUAGGAGAAUGAAAAUCUGAUGUUAAACCACCAAGCAAUGUAUCACAAGACGCUAUUAAUAACGAUACGAUCUAUUUAGAGACGUACUUUUGAGACCUUACUUAACCCUUUUGAAUGUAUGAUGUGGGGGGGAUCCUACCACUUCAGCACUCGGAGGGUUAAACCUGUUAGUCUGCAACAGGAUGUCAAAUAGCGAGGAUUCCAAAAAGUGAUUGAGAAAGCCAGGGUGUGGCAGUAUUAUGUCUACCGCCCUGGGGCGUAAACAGCUGGUGAGGUGUUUUAAGAAUGGAUUGGGUUUCCUGAUCACAAUGACAGAGAGCACCCAUUUAAUUCCUUCUAUUUUAUUACCUGGUGUAAUGUCUCUGAGUCCUUUUUCUGUGUGCUGUCACUUGUAUUAAAAGAACAAGGAGAGUUCAUCACUCUGUUAUGAUUGAAUGAGACCAAGUUUAAGGUGUGGGAGGAGAGUUAAAGCACGGAAGCGUGUUUUCAGUAUGAUGUAUUUUCUAAACGUUGUGAUUUAAUUUCUUUUUGUAAUUGUUUAAUAUCAUGACUGCCAAAUCAUGCCUAAAACUUACCCAAGACUCUUAACCCCACAGCCAAUAGUGCACAGCUUCCAGAGUUCGAUUCCUGCAAACAUUUUGUGAGCAUUAACCGCCUCUCCCAGUGCUCUGACCUUGAGCUACCAUAUCCUCCAGCACUGGCCAGGGAAAUUCCACCACCGUAGACUGAUGCAACCUUGUGGGCCAAUGGGAAUGUGAAAGCCCAUAGAAAGACCCUAAAAAGAAGCUCAGAAUCUCUAGAUUUGUGGUAGCUGCAUAGCUAGGAAAGCAUCUUUUAAACGCUCACCCAUGUUUUCUCCCUGAGCACACUCGUCCUUGUUUCCAUUUUCCUUUUAACUUUUUUUAUUGUACAGAGAGGUGACAUACAUUCUCAAUGCUUAGAAGGUGCGAGGCAAUAGUAGGUAAGGUGCAUUUCAGGCUAAAUGUAUGCCAGAGGACAGUGUUGUUAGGCAUGUGGUUAGGCAAAUAUGGUUACACAAUCUGACAAAAGGUUAAAGGACCACUCUAGGCACCCAGACCACUUCGGCUUAAUGAAGUGGUCUGGGUGCCAGGUCCAGCUAGGGUAAACCCAUUUUUUCAUAAACAUAGCAGUUUCAGAGAAACUGCUAUGUUUAUGAAUGGGUUAAGCCUUCCCCCUAAUCCUCUAGUGGCUGUCUCAUUGACAGCCAGUAGAGGCGCUUGCUUGCUUCUCACUGUGAUUUUCACAGUGAGAGCACGCAAGCGUCCAUAGGAAAGCAUUAUGAAUGCUUUCCUAUGUGACCGGCUGAAUGCGUGCGCAGCUAGCCCAGGAGGAGGAUCGGAGGAGGAGAGCUCCCCGCCCAGCGCUGGAAAAAGGUAAGUUUUAACCCCUUUCCCCUUUCCAGAGCCGGGCGGGAGUGGGACCCUGAGGGUGGGGGCACCCUCAGGGCACUAUAGUGCCAGGAAAACGAGUAUGUUUUCCUGCCAUUAUAGUGGUCCUUUAAGCUAUUAAGCAUUGUAUAAACAGGCUAUACAUCAGUCACCUUGCCAGCUAAAAAGUUGAAUAUCACUGGAAGGUAUGAUAGCAUGUUUGCUUCUAGCCAUGCAUGGUAAUAAACUGUAAAGCGUAAACAAAUAAAAAAAAUUGGCUCUCUACUGACCUAUAUUGUUAAAGAGGGCCACUGUAAGCCUAAUGACUGUAACUGCCUAUAGGCAAGUCUCAGUAUGUGCACGGAAAACUGACCUUGAGUGAUUGCAAUCACCUAGCCGACACCCUGGACCAGGAUACAUAAGGCAGGCAAAUAUGGGGACCGGGAGGCAAUGGGGCCCCUCUACACCCCAGACCAGAUUCCAGGCUGACAUCUUUGUGCCUCGAGCUUAAGAGACCAAGUCCAGCUCCAGGGAGGGGAAACAGAAGGUUUUGAUGUUGCUCUACCGCUGGUGGCGGUAGGACUUCUGCCUAUGUUGGUGAUGACGCGGGAUCUUGCCCCUUUUGGCCCUCGGUAGUUGUAGCAGGUUUAGCUGGGGUAGCGUAUUUGCCCGGAGAAGGCUCCCCCAUCGACAGGGCCCCAUUCUCCUGAACUGCUAUCUGAAAUGGAGAUGACGUGGCCGUCUGACGUGCCUCCACGGCAGCCCAGAAACCACCCAGGAGCUCCUCCAGUCGCUGGAUGGUUUCAUCUCAGGUUCACAUGGGGUAAGUAUAGCUGCCAUCUUGUGCAGCUGUUGCUUGUACUGGGCUAGUGGAGGCGGAGAAGACUUUAUCUGUACAAGUUGCAAGCCGGUGGGGACCGGGAUCACCCCCACCGGUCCACAGGGAAAGGCAGGGAUCAGGACCUAAACCAGUGCUGCGUCUGCUUCAUACGUGACAGGAAGGUCGCCUGUCAAUCCCCCGCUCGGGUCUUGCUAGGCCGCAAUUUCACGGGGUCUGUUCUUUGGCACUUCAGGGCACACUGAUGCUCUCAAACCGGUGUCGGAAGCAAGGCAAAUUCCUUUUCUUAAAGGGGUUCUUUAGGAUUAGGAACACAAUCUGUAUUUCUAACACUAUAGUGCCUUUGGUUCUCAUUCCCCCUCUGGGCUCUCUGUUGCAGUAAAUAAAGGGUGAAAAUAAAACUUUACUUACCCGAUUCCAGCACUAACCUCCUUUGGUGCUGAAUCAGUGCUCUACCUCCUCCGUCAUCUGAUCUAACGCGCAUGUAUACCAAGUGCCGCAAGUACAUUAGGCCGUCCCCAUAGGAAAGCAUUGACUCAAUACUUUCCUAUGGGGGUUUCACUGAAGCUGGAUGUCUUCAUGCAUAGUGUGAGGACAUCUAGUGUUAGGCGACCCAGAGUCCGGUAAACUAUCGGAAGGCCCUCUAGUGGCUCUUGGCAUUGCAAGUUCCUCCAUUACUGCACUGUUAGGGGGGACAGGGGCACUGCACCCAGACCACUUAAUUGAGCUGAAGUAGUCUGGGUGCCUAUAGUGUCCGUUUAAGCAAUGAUUUCAGUGGCGGUGUAGUAUACCUUUUUAAUAAGUAAAAUAGAUACAUAUUGGAGCCUUCAACCUCCUUUCAUGUAGCCAUUUGGAGUGUGCUUUUCCCUUGUCAACACUUCCCAGUUUAGGCUGUGUGCUGUCUUUUCCUGACUCAAAAUUGCGAAGCAAUUUCUCUUGUCCUCUAGCUCUCUUUGCCCCCCGUAUAAGUGACCUCUCUGACCUCAUCUUCGGUUCCUAGAAUUAUUUUGAGCCCUCCUUCUCAUGUCUUGUGCGCCUAGUACUGUAUUGUGCUCCCUCUUUCCCCCCUCCGGGUGCCUAGAUUUCUCAUCCCCUUUUUAUGUCUCUCCUGUUUACUCUGCACAGUGUCUCAAUGCGUAUUCUAGUAACACUUCAAUUGACGCUGUGUAUACUCAAGGUCGCGUUUAUUUAUGGGAAUUGCUAAAACUAGCUCCUGAUGUGUCACAGGAAAUACCAGACCGGAUCCACGCUGAAGUACCAGGCCCAAACCCUCCCAAACCAACCCCAGCCUGUUACCAUGGGUAACCGGAGCACAAACUGUAAACGGCUCAGUAUGUGGUUUUCCAUCUGUCACGGGGACUCCGGCUGCAGGAUGACUCAUGGGAUCCAGGCCCUGCAGGGACAAGGGAUGCGUCCCAGGCCUGUGAGAAAGGAGUUAACCCUCACCCGCUGUACUGGGCAUUGCUCCAUGUCAGUUUAGUUCUCCCAUGCAAUAUCUUUUAUUUAUUUUUUAUUUUUUCCAUAAGAUUUUAUUUAUUUAUUUUAACAUUGCAGACGAGGUUACACAAGGUGAUUCUUACAACAUCACAGACAAUUUAAAUACCUGCACAAAAUGCGUCAAAGAGCUCUUUGUAAUUUGUCACUGAAUAUCAUUGUUUAGAUGCUCGAUGCGGUAAUUGUGUCGCAAGCAAGAAGUCAUUUAAAUUUUGUGCCACUUUGUGCCACAACUGACUUCACUGCUUGAAGUCUAGUUAUGGUUUGAUAAACAAUCUGCGAAUUAACUGCGAAUGGUUACCGUGAAUGGACGAACAAAUUUGCAACAUUUUAAGUCAACGUAGUCAGGACCUUUUACAUUUUAUUUUGAGUGCUUGCGCAUCAUAACAUCAAAUCUCAAUGUUUACUUUCUGUUAAAAUUUAAUUUAAUAUCCGAUAACUAAACUAGUCUUGCAGGAUCAAAGAGUAGAAUAGAUAAGUCAUACAAAUGAAGGAUUAGAAAGAAAUUCUUUAAUAUGAUGGACAGACAUUUGAUGAUGCAUUGCUGUUGCUGGGACCUUAAAAAUGUAAUUGCCAGAGACAAAUACUAUUGUAUCCGGACAUGUGGGUGGGCACAGUGCUAGUCUAGAAUAUUUCUAGUUAACAUUAUGGAAUGCUUUUAUGACCUUUAAGCUGCCGAGAUUGUAAUUGAAAACAAUACCCAAACAUGUUUUUACCACAAACAUUUUUUUUGGUCAGUAUUAUUGCUAUGAAGCAACAUUGGGAGGUAUAAAAACUGGAUAGGGUGCUACCAAAAGGUGUGUGGCAGUGAUUGUUAUACUGAUCAGUGAUGAUACAUCGCUAUCGGCACACCCAUAAAGGGUACAUGCAUGCAGAACAUUUAUUUUUAUUUUUUCUCUCAACCAGUCUUCAUCUUGACUGCUUUUUUUGUUGUAUUGAUUUCUAAUUAUAUAGAGCUCUGUGUUUCCUAGAACAUGUAGGAUAUAAUGUAAUUUCUGCUAAUUCCAUUUGCUCUCUUGGAGCUUCAAGUAAAUAUCUGCCUUUGGUUAAUUUGAUUGACAAGAUGUAUAAGGUUUGCUUUCUAAUUGAAGACUGCCUCUGUUUUACAGUUUAGUAAAUAAAUCUCACUGCGCAGUUUGCCCGCAUCCCUAGUAAGCAUUGGGGUUUUCGGGAGUAAAUCGUUAUGCGUUUUGUCCACAGUAAUCUUUGACUGGUGUGCGUACAAAUGCUCUUUUAAGACCUUUUUCCUCUGUUCCCCUCGUCUGAAUGGGAAGGGUUCUGCCAGAUGUCUGGCGGAAUUGGCAAAUGUUCAUUAUGAAAUAAUAGGACGAGUCAGAGAUUGCGUACAAAAGAUUGAAACGUGGCACUGAAGAUGUUUUCUUCUACUUAAUUUUUUCCCCUCUUCUUCUUAAUGUUUUUAAUCCAUCCCUUUUUGGCUCUGCUUUUAUAAAACCUAUUAUGCCAAGAUUUAAACAGCUACAGUUUUUAAGAACUCUCGUUACCACAUGUACACUCCUUGCCAACUGUAACCAUCAAUCUAAUAUGAUUUCUGAUUCAUUCAUCGAACUUCAGUCAAUGGAGAGGUCAACUCAAACUACAUCCGUGGUGUUAUACAAAGAUGUACAAUUUUCUGUGUAAACUUAGUCAUCGUGUUAAUGACUUUUCACAAUUAAAUUGAUCAGAUGUCUGCAAAACGGUAUAACCUACCCUUUAAGGAAUAUCUUUCUCUCUAUUUAUAAUAUAUAUUUCUUAAUAUAUUUUUCGUGGGUUUGCACCUAGGCCUUAACACGUUUUCCAUGGGAGGAGAGUGCCAAGCUUAAAAAAAUAAAUAAAUAAAAAUAGAAUAAAAUAACAUUUGUAAAAUAUAUAUUUUUAAGACAUUUUUAUGGAAUAUCUGUCAGCUUAAAUGAUGUUACUCUGUAAUAACUAAUAAAUGAACUGCAAUUGAUAAUUUAUUAAUCUCUGCAGAAUUGUUGCAGGAAAUUCCAGAAUAUGACUCAAAAUGAAAAUUCAGGAACAUAUUUUAAAGCCCUUGCAUGUUUGCAGCAAAACGAACCCCAUCCCACAAACAUAUUGCCUGAAAUUUGGGUAAUGUUUUAAGAAUUUAAACACUUAUCAAUCACUAACAAUUUGACCGUUCAGACGCAGUUUUGAGGUUUCAGCAAAACAUUGGGUUUCAUAAAUGGGCCAUGAAUCAUCUGCGUCUUUUUAUAGUGCUCUGUCCUCUUAUGUCAAACACAAAGACACCCCCAAAUUAAGGAACAGCUAGAAAGGAAGGACAUUGGUCUACAAAAGGGGGACCGUGGAAUUCUGGCUCAAAGUUGGCUGUCCUCCUUAUUAAAUAGUGAUGUUUGGGAGAAAUAUUUUAAUGAUAAACAAUCUAUUAUACAUGUAAAACAUUAUGGAAUGUUGACAAACCCUACAUUUUUAGAGAUGAGCAUAUUGGUGAGAGGGAAGAACAUUUUUUUUUUUUAAUUCAAAUCUAUGUACUGAUGGGCAGCUCUGUAUUUUCACCGAACCAGAAAUGUAUAAAUUGCCAGUUCAAAAGACUACUUUCAUUAAAUACAGACCAGCGACUAUGCUAGAGAAGGACAGAUUAAACGAGCUGCAGUCUAAGGGCCUUCAUUUUAUCGAUAUCUUGUGUCAUUGGGGAUAAAGUAAGAAGGGACUUCUCAAAUAUUUUCCGCAAUCUACUCAAAUGCUAAGGUAACGGGGACAGCUAGCAUACACCAAUCAGUGGGAAAGGGACUUGGGAGAGGAGGUGGAGGGAAGAGAUUGAGAGACAGCCCGAAAUGUUUCCAUAUGUGUGGGGCUCCAGGAACAGAUGUGGAAGAUGAAGGACCCCAACUGAUCUUUGUUGGAGACACUGUGGUUUGAGGGACGCAUAUAAACAUAUAUGGUGGGAUUGCCCUCAGGUCAUCCCUUAUUGGGAAAGUGUCAGGGACUUAAUGUCUCACAUAUUCCACAGGUCUUAAUGUCUCACAUAUUCCAUAGGUCUUCUAACUUAACCUGUUGACAACUUACCUUUACCCUCCCUACUCUAGCCAAAGUCCAUCAUAAAAUCACUGACCGCUAUUUAAUGGUCUGCUUCAUGGUCCUGCGAAAACAUGUGCAAAGGUGUGAGUGCCCUGGGAAACGUAUACGCAUUACUAAAUAGAUUAGUUUAUGACCAAGUACUCGCGGUGGGCGGCUUUUUUAUUUUUUCUUUUGUUUUAGUUAUUGGUUUUAAUUGCUUCUAGAUGAAUCCUAUUUUUAUUUUUUUGGUAAUAUGUCAUGGUUAUGUUGAUGGGACAAAGGCUACGGAAUGUAAUGGUGUGCAUACCUUGUCAGUGCUCUGUAAAACUAUUUUGUUUUAGUUAAAAAAUGUUUUGGGUAUUUUGAACUAUUGUAAUUGAUGAACCCAAAUUAAAGGGACACUUUAGGCACCCAGACCACUUUAGCUCAUGGAAGUGGUCUGGGUGCAGUGUCCCUAUUGCACUUAGUGCUGCAAUGUAAAACAUUGCAGUUCCAGAGAAACUGCAAUGUUCACAUUGCUGCACUAAGUCUGCCUCCAAUGGCGUUCUACCAGACAGCCACUGGGUGCGCUUCCUGGAUUGAAAUGGACCUUUGGUCCGGUAUCUGACGCUGAACGUCCUCACGCUCUGCGAGGGUAAUCCAGAGUCAGAUUUUUUUUUACCAUAGGAAAAUUGAAUUAAUACUCUCCUAUGGGGAGGUCUAAUGUGUGCGUGGCACUUGUCGCACAUGUGCAUUGGUGCUCGUCACAGCACAGUGGAGAGGGCGGAGCGUCAACCCAGUGCCGAUGGACAUUGUCGCUGGAUAAGGUAGGUAAAUAAAGGGGUUUUAACCCUUUAUUUAACGGAGGUUGGAGGCAGGGGGAGUGAUAGUGCCAGGAAUACAGCUUUGUAUUCCUGGCACUAUAGUAUCCCUUUAAAUAAAGAAUAAUAAAAAAUAACAAACAUAUCCAAUCUUUAUUCCAGAUGAGAAUCGACUAAUGGCAGCCCAUUUAUAUAUCUACACUCAAGAGAAGGUCUCUUGGGUGAUUGGGAGGACUGAAGAAAUCAAAAUAGGAAAGUUCCAUAACUUUAUGUAAUUGAAUUUCUAAAUCAUGCAGAAUAAUCUUUAAUUCCAUGUAUUACAUUUUCAUUUACACAUGCUUAUCUAUCGGGGUGUAUUGUGGGAGUGACAGGAAUUUCAGUUUUUUAUUUAUUUUUUAUCUUGUAAAGCUGCAAUGUGACUGACUUUCACUGUAUUUCCUCCGUAAACCGGUUUCCCUUGCCUGGAUCAGUGCCAGAUCUUGUUCUAUAACGGAGGGUUGUGGACUCGGGGGACAAUCUGUCAUCCCCUCGUACAUUUUGUCAUUGGAUUUUAGUCACAGAUUUUAGGGUGUUCCUGUCUUAUAAUAACACCAGCAUGCGGAUUAUGUGGCCUGGUUUAGUAUACAUUUUUUAAGUACUAAAUGCUUCUUUUCUUUAGAAAGAAAUUUCCAGAAAUCAUAAUCUUCUGCAUCUUGCAUAUGACGGGUUAGGCGUUUAAUACCUGCAUUCCUUGUAGGUUACUUAGAAGUGGGUAUUAGAGACAUAAAGGCACGGCAGCUUUCAUUUCUUUUCAUCCGUUUUAAACUUUGAGUUUUGUCUAAGAAUUUAUAGUAGGUUGAGCAAGAAUUACCUCUUUGAGAUCUGACCGUAUGCUAGUGUGGAGGUGGCCACCUUGAAGUUCCAUCACAAUUUUCAAACCUUCAGUGGUCCAUUAUAAAUGAGGAUAAUUAAGUUCAAUAGCCCGAGAGAAGCACAUUUGAUGAAUUCCCUUCUUCAGUUCCAUUCAAGAUUGUUUUACCAUUCUAGAUUGUUGGUCAUGUCUGAUGCUGUGUGUUUAAAUAAGCAAAGUUGACGAUCCAUUUCUCAUUCUGAGAUAGAUCUAUCUAUAAUAGGUUAUAUUGCACAUUUUUUGUCUUAAAGGGGCACUGUAGUCACAUAGCUUAAUGAAGCAGCGUUUUUGUAUAGAUCAUGUCUCUGAAGCUUCACUGCUCAAUUCAUUGCCAUUUAGGAGUUAAAUCACGUUUGAUUCUGUUUAUGCAGCCUUAGCUACUCCUCCCCUGUCUGUGACUGACAAUGAAAAUUAAAAAAAAAAAUUCUCAUGCAGGCUAACAGAUGUAACUUACUUUAAAAAUGUUUUUCUCCCGCUCUGUAAAUUGAACUUUAAUUACAUACUGUAGGGCCCUCCAAGGUCUAGCAAGCAAUGUCCAGAGCAGGACAUAAAUUCUGAAUUAAGCAGAAUUUGUAAUAAAGGAAGUGUAAACAUUAGAUGCCCUUUUACAGGAAGUGUUUAGGAAGGCUGUGCAAGUCACAUGCAGGAAGGUGUGCCUAGGGUUGCAUAAACAAAGUGAUUUAACGUCUAAAUGGCAGAGAAUUGAGCAGGGAAACUGUAGUGGCAUCAUCUGUACAUCAAAACUGCUUCAUUAAGCCAAUGUUGUUUUGGUGACUAUAGUGUCACUUUAAAUAGGCCAGAUCAACUUAUUCUCAAGGCUUUGUGUCUAUCAUUCAUUUCUACAGCCAGUAAACCACCUUUCUAUGCCUUUGCACGCUCAGGAUGUGUGCUAUUACUGCUCACAAAGUCCUGGAAACUUGGAGUGAGUUUAGAUGCAUAUUCAGCCUUGGCCAUCUGCCUAAAAGUACAUUACUAGCCUGACAUUUUCUACUAUUCAAGCUAAAAAUAUCAGGAAUGUGCUUGGAUUUGUUUGUUCUAAUAAAUCCCAGAGUCUGUUUUAUUUCUCUAAACACAGGAAUUGUACAAAUAGCUGUAAUGUAAAUAGCACACUCCUCCUGUAUCGUCCCCAUAAAGGAAAUACAGUUAAGAUGUUUCAGAAUGCAGAAUAAUGCAGUGGCGAAUUCCCAUUCUAUUGUUUAAUAUAACCUUUCACUAAUCUACCCAUUGGUAAAAUCUAGAACAGGGUCAAUUCCUGUCCUCAUAGGACCCAGAUCAGUUUACUGUCACAUUGCCAUUGCUUGCUCAAGCACUAUCUUUAUUAAUUACAGAUCAAUUGGAGUAAAACACUGGUUUUGGUUAUAGUAACCCCUUCUGUGGUCCGUCCCCCCCUCACCUACCAAAAAAGCAUAAACUUACAUUUAAAAAAAAUAAAGUUUUCCAUUGACAAGGCCAAGUUCUCCCACUGUCUGAUCUUCCUCAUCUGAUGUCAUUCCCUCUCGCCAGGGGCAGGGAGGGGGAAACGGUACAUGCUGCCACAUUACUGAUCUUUUCCCCAGCAUGCUAUGCAUGUUGGCAUUAGACACAAUUUUUGCACAGAUUUGACAAUGGCCAGCCUGGAUUUGUUCUGGGCUGACUAAUGACUCUGCAAGAGACGGUUUUACACCUCUGGCAGUUUAGAAAAGGUAAUGUUGAUGCUGUAAUGGAGCCAUGUAUAUAAGUACACUGUGUCACUACAUAAUUCUAUGUCCUGCAUGUCCAGUGUGUUUAUGGUCAGGGGGUUUCCACAUAGAAGAUACCGUAUAGCUCUCAUCAUUCUCAGGCAGGCUUUACUAGCAGAGAGUAACUUGUAGUAUACAGGAUUUCCAGUGCUACGCAGUGUUGGGGGAUACAAAGCUGGGCUGCUUUUUCGAUGCUGGUUUGGUUUUCUAUUAUUGUUAUGCAAAACUCCUCUCCAAUCAAAUGAAGAAAAUAAAAUAUACAAUAGACAAAAUCACGGUCUCCCACAGAACAUACGAUUUGAUGCAGGGUCAUCACGCCAGUUGUUGAAUUAACUAGAACUGUGGGAGUUUGACAAUUGUUUUAAUGCUGAUAUUUAUACUUCGUCACAAAGAUCAGUAAUUAAGCUAAUUCUUGAUUCUUGGUGUUAAUAGGAGCUGGAUCAGGUCCAAAUUGGCAUCUCCACUCCUUCAGCACAAUGAAAAGACCAUUUGUAAACAUUUGAAACCUUGCCAGCGAUGUCUAUACUUAGUCAUCAAAAUAGAAUUUCUUGGGUCGCCUUUAUUUAACAAAAUAUAUAUAUAUAUAUAUAAUCUUUUUUUUCCCUUCUCCCAUCUGGCCAUUUAGUAUUCUGUUAAUUCACUCUCGAUGUCCAUCUAACUCCCAUUCUUUGUCAUUCAUUAACAGGUACAUCUGCUCAUUCUUAAUCAUUUCAUUCAGCCGCCUCUAUGUCCUCGCUUACUGCUAAUCUUACAGCAAACAGUAGGCAAUGAGCUGACCUACAGCUGUUCAGACAGAGCAGGAUGACAUCCCCAAGUCUGCGUUUGAAUAAUGGGCUUUGAGCCUCAAACGUGGCAUGAAUAUUGUGAUAGCCGGCAGAAUAAAAUGUUUGCUGAGUGAAUCACAGGCCCUUCAAAGCAGCUGUGACAUUUACAACAAACGGCUUUUAUAACUAGACCAACAGUGGUUUGGAGAGGUCUUCUCAGCCGAUCCCCCAGCUGUCCUCCUGGUGUAGACUUGUCCAAACAAUCAGGGGGAGCUCUUCAUUGGAAGAGUCUGGCUUCUAAACUUGAAAACUAUGUGAACUGUUCUGACGACUCAGUUGUCUUACAAGAGCAUUUCCUCUUGGAACACAGCCAGAGAGAAAAAUAAAUGUAACACAUACAUUGAUGAACAUAGUAUAUGUAGUAGUCAGUGUAUCUCCAGAUCCGGCUUUUUUGCUAUUUCACGAACUAUCUCCCUUUUGCUUUCACCAUCUGCUUUGCUUCCUCUCUCUCUUGUUCUUCCAGUCUGUUCCUAUAUGGCUCUAAAAUGCAAUAUGUAUCAUUGCAGUGUCUCCUAAUUUCACAUGUUAAAUCUCCAGUAACAAUACACACACAUUCUGAUAUUUCGAAAUUUAAUUCGAUACUGAUUGCAUAGCAGGCAAUCUAUAUUUCUGGAUACAGUGCACUUUUGUGUAAUUUUACCCAGUUCAUUUAGUCUGUAAGUUUGCUUGAGUUGAAACGUCCUUGGCUUGUUUUAAGAUGUCUUAAAUUUGCUUAGUUGUUUUUUUUUUUUCAUCCUGUCUUUUUCAAUUCUUCAGAUGUAAAGUAUUCCUGUAAAUAUCCAUUUGAGGGCCUUUUUUCCAUUUUCUUUGACAUCUGAUAUUUUUAUUUUUGGUAAUAUAUAUAAAUAUAAUUAUCUUUGCUAUUUUUGUCAUAUUGGCAGAAUCUGGUGGAUUUAUUGGCAUGAUUACCAAGAACGCAUUGAAUUUGCAUCAAUUUAAACUCUCCAUGUGAUAUUCAUUUCCUCUUGUUCUUGCCUUACAGGAAUUCCAAAAAGGAGGCCGAUUUGCUGGCUGCGCAGGCCCGGCUCAAGGAUUUAGAGGCUCUUCUGAAUUCAAAGGAUGCCAACCUGACCACCGCUCUAAGUGAGAAGAGAACCCUCGAGGCCGAGCUGCGGGAUCUGAAAGCUCAGAUUGCUAAGGUGAGAAAAUGUUUACAAAAGAACCAUAGGAAAGAAUGUGUGUAAUAUAAAGACAUCCCAAUAGUAUCUGAAAUGUGAACCUUAACCCCUUAAGGGACCACUCUAGGCACCCAGACCACUUCAGCUUAAUGAAGUGGUCUGGGUGCCAGGUCCAGCUAGGGUUAACCCAUUUUUUAAUAAACAUAGUAGUUUCAGAGAAACUGCUAUGUUUAUUAAUGGGUUAAGCCUUCCCCCUAUUCCCUCUAGUGGCUGUCUCAUUGACAGCCACUAGAGGCGCUUGCGUGCUUCUCACUGAUUUUCACAGUGUGAGCACGCCAGCGUCCAUAGGAAAGCAUUAUGAAUGCUUUCCUAUGUGACCGGCUGAAUGCGCGCGCAGCUCUUGCCGUGCGUGCGCAUUCAGCCGACGGGGAGGAGAAGAUGAGGAUCGGAGGAGGAGAGCUCCCCGCCCAGCGCUGGAAAAAGCUAAGUUUAAACCCCUUUCCCCCUUCCAGAGCCGAGGGUGGGGGCACCCUCAGGGCACUAUAGUGCGAGGGAAAACGAGUAUGUUUUCCUGGCACUAUAGUGGUCCUUUAAGGACCAAACUUCUGGAAUAAAAGGGAAUCAUGACAUGUCAUGUGUCCUUAAGGGGUUAAGGGGACACAAUAUAGUUACCAGAACCACUACCACUUAAUGUAGUGAUUCUGAUGUCUGUAGCCUGUCCCUGCAGGAUUUCCAACACACACUGCAUUUUCAGAGCAAAGCCGUGUUUACAUUGCUGCCUAGUAACAUCUAUAGUGCCAGUCACUAAAAGUGCUUCCUAUGCAGGGCUGGCACGUCCAUAAGGUGGCACAGGCGGCCGCCUUCGGGCGCAAGAAUAUAGUAACCAGCAGGAAGGAAGAGUAAAGUGCUCCUUCCUGCCAGUCGCUCAGUGUAGCGUGGCCGAGCGGAGCAGACCUCUCCUGUAGCGUGGCCAAGCGGACCACGGUACAGGAGCUUCUGAUUCCUGCACCCGGCUGGCCCGACAGGAAGUGCUCGCGGCCACUCUCCAAAAGAGAUAAUGUGGAACACCAGGAAGGCUAAAAGUCCACAAAGGGACAGGGAAUGGGAGAGGAGAGGACCACAAAGGGACAGGGAAUGGGAGAUGAGAAGACCACAAAGGGACAGGGAAUGGGAGAGGAGAGGACCACAAAGGGACAGGGAAUGGGAGAGGAGAGGACCACAAAGGGACAGGGAAUGGGAGAGGAGAGGACCACAAAGGGACAGGGAAUGGGAGAGGACCGGACCACAAAGGGACAGGGAAUGGGAGAGGACCGGACCACAAAGGGACGUGAAAAAAAACACAAAAGGGCUGGUGGGGGAGAAAGAGGCACACAGAGGGGCGUGAGUUGGGAGAAAGACAUACAGAGGGACAUUAAGAGGGAGUAAAACACAGAAGGGUCUUGGGGGGGAGGGGGGGUGGGGAGAAGAACACACAGAAUGGCUGGUGGUGAAAAAGACAUUGGGCCUGUGGGGGAAGAGACACACAAAAGGUCUUGAGAACGGGAAAAGACACACAUUGUGUCUGUGGGGGGCGGGGGGGGACAGAUGGGCUGGGGUUGAAAGACACACACAGAGGAGCUAGGAAGAAUAAAAUACACAAGGCGAUUAGGAGAGAAGGAGAGCCACAAAGGGGCUGGGGGGAGUAAGACACAAAAAAAAUGUGGGAGGAUGGAAGAGUCCUACAAAGAAGGGGAAUAAGAGACACACAAGGGGGGGGUUUAAGAGAUACCCAAGGGAGGUGUUAGACACAAAAUGGGGGAAAAAUAGAGGAUAAGAUAAACUAAAAGCAGUAAGACAUUUAAAAAGUGGGAUAACAAACACAAAAAAGGAGUUAAGAGGCUCACAUGUGAAGAUGCUUUUUUUGGGGAGGGGGCACAUUUUCGUCUUUGUACCCAAAACUCCUUGCAUCGACCCUGUUCUUAUGUCAGUGCUUACCUGUGUGCAGCAUUUACAUUCAGCAUUUCCACGCUCUUCCUAUAGAGGUGCAAUGGAUAUAUGCUUAUGGCUACAUCAUACACUUUCCUAGCCGAUCAUGGAUAUUUACAGAAUAAAACACGUCUUGAAAGCAUAUGUAGUAUUCACUCCGUCUUUCAGCUAUAUACAUGAGAGAUAAAGAACAGUAUUGUGUUUUAUUUGUGUCUUAAAAAACUGCUGUCUUUUUCUCUACAGCUAGAGGGCGCUUUGGCUGAUGCCAAGAAGCAACUUCAAGAUGAAAUGCUUCGCCGUGUGGAUGCUGAGAAUCGCAACCAGACUCUGAAGGAGGAGCUAGAAUUCCAAAAGAGUAUAUACAGUGAGGUGAGUGUCUAUUCUACAGGAGAAGGGCAGAGAUCAUUGCAUUUUGCCUUAUUUUUCAUAACUGGCUCUUUUGUAAAAAAAUAUAUAAAAUUGAUUUAAAACUUAAACCACUACGGUGGCCUAACAGCAUUGUCAAAGUAAAGUUUAAAAAAGUGCCCAUAUUGCUUUUUGCCAAAUGCCUUGUAUGAGACAGUUGUCCUAUUAAUGCACUGAGCAAUAUUUGUGUAAAUGUAAUGGGUUUAAUUAGAAUGUAAAAUAAUGGCUGGUGUGUAGCAUAAUGUGCAUUCUAAGUCCGAUUCCAGUGUACCAUUAAAGCAAGAUCCAGUUCCCUGCAAUUUUGCCCACUUCUCAUGCAAUCAGACAUUUGUUGGGGUCUAUUUACUAAGGAAUUGAACAUUUUAGCCUAAAAAGCUGAAUUGGAAAACAUUUUCAUAUUCUUCCAUUUAAGCAUAAAAUUUCCGUUUACAUUGUCAGCGCUCUGUUUAGCUCCCCAAAAAUAAAUGUGUAAAAUUAUGUGGGUUCCUUUUUUUUAUUUUCUAUUUAAGUAUUAUCUUAUUUUAUAUCAAAUUCCCCAUAAAAUUUAAAUUCCAUGAAAUCUUUAAUGGCCCUUGAGAAACCAAGAACGUGCUAAUUCUAUAGAUUGUGAAGGUCUUCCCAGUAUUCCAAUUAAAAUUGAUCUUCUUGGCAGGAACUGCGAGAGACCAAGCGUCGGCAUGAGACGCGACUAGUUGAACUUGACAGUGGUCGCCAACAAGAAUUUGAAAGCAAAUUGGCAGAUGCCUUGCAGGAAAUGCGUGCCCAGCAUGAGGGGCAGAUCAGCCUGUACAAGGAAGAGCUAGAAAAGACUUAUAACGCUAAGGUAAGACUACCUGCUGUGUCUUUAAAUAAAGUUUUGUGCUGUACAAUGCAUGUCAAUUCUCCAUCACACAUAGGAAGGGCACUCCAUAACAGGUUACAGAUCUAUUAUAUUAUUACAUAAAACGCCUACAGAGGAAAGGCAUCCUUUGAAAGUGUUGCUAUAAAAAUGGAGCCAAUAAAAUGUUCCGACGGAUUUGUUUAUGUUGAUGAAUGACUUCCCGGAAAUUGUGCUUUUUUUUUUUUUUAAGAUUAAAGUUUAUUCAUUAAACAUAUUAAACAGUAUGUAACAUUUUUAUUUAUUUUUUCUUGUUGCAUAUUGUAAUAACAUUGUGCAUCUCGAUUGUUUGACAAAUGCAGUUUGUCAUAUUUUGGUGCAAAUAAUUUAGCAAAUACAGUAUGAAUUCUGAUGCAUAACCUUGAGCCUUCUGGUAACUUAUUGUCUGCAUCUCUCAAUCAGCUAGAGAAUGCCAAGCAGUCAGCGGAGAGGAACAGUAGUCUGGUGGGAGAAGCGCACGAAGAGAUCCAGCAGAGCAGGAUCCGCAUCGAUAGUCUCUCAUCUCAACUCAGCCAGCUUCAGAAACAGGUAAGUGAACACAUUGUGUGACUAAGGAAACAGCCAUGCAGCGAGGUGGUAAAACGCUCUACGGCAAGUCCAUGGAUACAGCUAAUUGUACGACAGAAGGGAGAGCCUCUAACAUUUGUUUUAUACAAUAUAUUAAGUGAUCGCUCCGGGAUCUAUGGUUUCCCUCCCUUACUGUUAAGCCACCUAUCUUUUUGUGCUCCAUUAUUCGCGACUUUUAAGAAUUCAGAAGAUAGUACCAUUGCCGAUGGAUGGGAGUUUCUCUAUCUGCUGCAUUAUUUAAAUGCAGUAAAUCUUUUUUCCUAUAAAAUAAUGACAGAUCAAUUUGAAUAAGCUGGAGUAUUGAAUGAAAAUUAGAAAGACGAAAAAAUAUCACAGUGCAUGUCUUUUGGUUCCAUUUGCAGCUAGCCGCUAAAGAUGCCAAAUUACGGGAUCUGGAAGAUGCUCUGACAAGGGAGAGAGACAGCAGCCGAAGACUGCUGUCUGAUAAAGACAAGGAGAUGGCAGAGAUAAGGGCAAGAAUGCAACAGCAAUUGGAUGAAUACCAGGAGCUGCUGGACGUCAAACUUGCUCUGGACAUGGAGAUCCACGCGUACCGCAAACUGCUGGAAGGAGAAGAGGAAAGGUACGUAGGCAUGAGAGGGUUUUUUACAUUUACUUUGUACAUUGUACAAGACUGGUUUUCUUUUAGUAUUCACUAAACAUAGAAAGCGAAGAUCGAAAUAAUCUUAGAGAAAUUAUUUAACUCCACUUAAUAAUGAGCAGCUUACAUGAGAUUCUGUCCAACAUAUUGCUAACCUUACUCUUAUUGUCCUCUAUACGUCCUAUCCAGGCUACGUCUGUCUCCAAGCCCCACCUCACACAAGAGAACCGCAAGGACCAGCACAAUGCAUUCUGGGGCACAUGCCUCCACCUCUAAGAGGAGGAAGCUGGAUGGUGGGGAGUCGAGAAGCACUACCUUCACCCAGCAUGCCCGGACCAGCGGGAAAGUGUCUGUGGAGGAGGUUGACCCGGAAGGAAAGUUUAUCCGUUUGAAGAACAAGUCUAGUGAGGUGAGGGGGGGGGCUUGCGCGCGUGACUCAUGGAUCAGUUUCGCACCGGGGCCCCAUGGUUUGUGUGUAUGCCACUGGUGACUGGCUCUCACUUCCUCCAACGCUGUUAUAAUUAAAGGGGCUCAGACGUGCGGUUAAAGCGCCGCAGCACACGUCGGGGCACCUGAAAAAAUAUGCCCAAUCGGGUGGCUCUUUGUUCAGGGAUUGUACAGCAUAUAGUUACACUAAUUUGGAGGUUUCUGAUCUAGGGACACAUUCUGAAAUAGUUUUUUGCUGAAAAUGGCAAGUUUCAGUCUAUUUGUAUUUGUUAACUAUGCUCUAUCAUUAUUUGGGAUUAAAGAAGAAUGUUUACUAACCACAGUUUUCACUUUUCACACCUCACAAAUAUAUAUUUGUUAAAUAUUCAGAUUAAAAAAAUAUAUACAGUAUAUAAUUCAAUUAAUCCAUAUCAUACAUAUAUAGCACACGGAGAAGAGAACAUUAACAAUGUUUUUAUUUCUCCAAUUCAUGUGUAAUGCUUGUCCUGGCUUUGCCUUGACUGAACAGGAUUAUGGUGUAAUUUGCUUAAUUUUUUUAUAUAUCUCAAGAAAAAUAACAUUAACACAAGUUAUCCUGGCUUUCUAAUGUUUUAUUCAAUGGUAUAUAUUCCAGAGAAGUGAGCGUUCCAUUAUAAGAACUCCGUAUUGUAAUCACUUUAUCUAAUCACUCUAAUCUUUCCUUGAUUUAUUGCAGGACCAAUCACUGGGGAACUGGCAGAUCAAGAGGCAGAAUGGAGAAGAAGCACCAAUCGUUUACAAGUUCCAUCCGCGGUUCACGCUAAAGGCCGGUCAGGUGGUGACGGUGAGUCUGUGUGCAAUGUGCUGGGAGAGGGUAUGUGUGGCUUAUUGUUAACAGAUCUACUGUCUCUAGUAGCAUUGCAGCAUUGGAAAGUCACCCAAUGUGUUGGCCGUCAUGCCAAUUCCCUAGCGUGAUUUUUACUAGAUAUGGACUUUGUUCGCCCUCUGCUGGCAGUUACUAUUAACUGCAUCCAUAUAACUGACAUACUUUAAAGUGAUAUGUCCCUGUCGCUUAGUACCAUUUUUCCCCUGCGAUGUCUUGCUUCAAGCCUGUUCUAUUGGAUUAACACUCCCUCUGUAUCUGAGGGAUAUUCAUAUCAUUAUGUCCUGUGCUGGAGGGAGUGCCCGGCACUUAAAUAUCCACUGCUCGGAACAACUCUGCUCUUAUCAUUGUUCAUACACCCCAGCAGGGCAUUUGUUGUGAACAGUAUUUAAAUGCAGUGGACGGUAACCUUUGUGACAACGAAGACGUUGGCUCAGUAUCAGAAUGAAAGCAGUACCUCCCCACCAUCUCUAAAGCCACAAGAUAUUGCUGGUUUCUUUUCUCCCCCCCACCCCCCCACCACCCUCUCACACACACACACAUUUUCAAAUACUCCUUUUGUCCAAUUGUUGAUUUUUAUUUUUUUUUAUUUUAAAAAAAUGUUUUUAAUGAAAAUGAUCAAAUCUGAUCUAUAUUUAAUUCCUUAGAUCUGGGCGGCUGGAGCAGGGGCCAGUAAUAAUCCCCCCUCCGACUUGGUAUGGAAGUCUCAGAAUUCAUGGGGAACUGGCGACAGUAUCCGCACUGCUCUGCUGACCUCCAGCAAUGAGGUGGGUAAUGAUUCUUUCAUACACUGAAGGCAUAAGACCAUUCUGUCCCCUAGUUUGUCCUGUGUCAAAGAAGCUGAGAUUAGGGCCCUGCUCGUCAAGGUUUGUGACUGUAUCAGGAGUGGGUGUAGGGAUAACAAAAAACAUUUAUGGGAAGGCUAGACAUGAGAGCGAGGGGGACAGGAGCAGACUGGAAAUAUUUUAGAUUAAAAAAAAAACAAUAAUUCUCUUUUUUUUCCCUCAUGGUUUACAAUUAAUUUACACAGUACCAAUGCACACACAUCUAAAUGAUUAAUUCUGAGUAUUUGCCAAGCUAGACUAAAGAGAUGAGUGACCAUCUUCCGUUAUUUCUGGCGGGCUCCUAAUUGCCAUAUUUCCUGGCUAUUUGCUUGUGUUGCCUAAGCUGUAAUAACAGUGGCGGAAGCAAUGAGUUUGGAGAAUCCUCAUUGCAGCAAAAAAUAAAAUCGGACAUGGAGGUGGCACUGACAAACUGGACUAUGUUGAGGAAAAUGUGUCCGAGAGCAGCAAAUUUAGUUUGUUUUUAAAUGUCCAACAUUGCACAUCUGGAUUGUGGCUUGUGAUUUCUUGACUUGUCUCAUUAAAGGACUCUUCUCUUCUGGUCUUACAGGAAGUCGCCAUGCGCAAGCUUGUGCGCUCAGUGGUACAGGAAGAUGACGACGAUGAUGAUGACGAUGAUGAUGAAGUGAUCAUCCACCAUCAUCACCAUCAUGUAAGUUACAUGCGGACAGAAACCUUGCUAGGAUCCUGACUAUAACAUUUUGAAAAAACCUUUCCCGUUGUGUUAAUGCAGUGAUGGUUAUUAUGUGGCACUCUGUUAAAUAGAUGCAUAUUCUGGCUAACAUCUAUUACAGUUGGAGUACAAAAGCUUGGUCCUUAAUGUACUAAGAUGACCGUGACCUCCCGAGGAGGAAACUAGAACGGUUUGGAUUCUUUACUAAAGUUUAUUUUGCCAGGAAUUCAUAGUAAACUCCAAAUUUUAGGCCACAAUAGCUGAAAAUUAAAAUGUAUCUUGAAUUUUUCCAAUCUGGCUAUUUUGAUUUAAAACUUGAAUCUCAAUUUAGAUUCCAGACAUUUCACAUUUCAGGAAAUAACCCUCCUUCUCAAAUGGAGGAAACCUCCCUAAACAACUUUGAAGAUCUCAUGACAUAUACAACAUUGAAUGCCACAUAGCAAUCGCCAAGUGUCAAAUGCAAAGCCAGAUAAACUAUAAGGUGGCUGCUUAGUGCCCUGGCGUUUGAUUGAGGCCUUUGCUCAAAGGAGAUUCUUGACCAAACUUUUCCCUAAUCACCAUUCUUAUACGAAGAGUGAAGGGGGCCAAACUGGUAAACUACCUUGUGUCGCGUGGGAUAUUACUCCUUCCCUAGUUAAACUGUUAGGAUUCAUCAUCUCUAUGGACACCAUGGACUAAAGAUCCAGGCAUUCUAAAUGUGAGCAAUGAGUUUUAUCCCCCAACUACAGGCGAUAAUGGUUUGGCAUUUCAUAGUCUUAAAGGGUUACUCCAACCACCAUGACCAUUUCAGUGAUUUGAAGUGGUUUUGGUGGUAGGACUCUGUAUGUGAAGCACUUUCUGCUUGAAACGCUACAAAUACAGAAUAAUUUGCAUUUUUGUGCCAGGGGCUAAAACUCUGUUCUGGACUGCCAAAUGUCAAUUAUUUGUAAAACGCUUCUCCCAAGCCUAUAGUGCCUGCAAGGGGAAGCGUUCCCCCCCCCCCCCCCAUGUUUUUUUUAUUAAUUUUUUUUUUUCUGCAAGAUGUAGGGGGUGAGAUCUAAUUAAUAGAGCCCAAUGGGGCAUUAUAUAUUUUUCAAUAAAUGGGUGGUGUAAAAAUUUUUUAAGGCUUUUUAUAAAUGCUCUGAAGAACCAAACCAUUGCCACUUGUGGUGUGGAAAUAACAAUCCUUAUACAUCCCAUAAUAGCCUGGUACUUCUGUUUAUUGUGAUUUCUCCUUGCGCUCACCCUUCUCUCUCACACUAGGAUGGGCAUAACUCUACUGGAGACCCCGCUGAAUACAAUCUCCGCUCUCGCACUAUUAUGUGUACCACCUGUGGACGGCCAGCUGACAGAGGAACAGACGCCACCCAGAAUGCUGGUGUCACCAGUGGAACCUCCUCGUCCAGCAUGACUCUCACUAGAACCUUCCGCAGCACAGGAGGAACUAGUGGAGGUAGUGCCCUUGGAGAGAGCCUUGUCACUCGGUCCUACAUCCUGGGGAAUGCCGAAAAACGUGCUUCGGUAAAUGUUCCAUUGUUGUUGUGUUGUAUGUCAAUGCGGCUGUCGUUCGUUGUUAUACGGAAAUUAUAUAGAGGUAUGAAUUUGAAACUAUCGUAAAAACUACAAGGCCAUAAAAGGUAUGGCAUAGACCAGGUUGGCAUGUUACUCUCUUGCAUACCCAACAUAUAGAGACACUCCACAGUGGACUUAAUAGAAAAUUGGGAACGCAAGGCUGGCCAUCUGUUGUAGAAUUAAAAUUCCAAUAACAGUUUGCCAGUCUGAGGGCUGAAAAAUCAUCACAUGUGUUUGAUCCAUAACACGUGCAAGCAAACUUUUUUUCUUGUCACAGGCAGAACUUUGGAAACUACGAGCCAUCACCAUCGCCUCAUUUUACAUUAGAUGCCUCUGAUGGCCAUAUGAGGAAUUGCAAAAUUAAAAUGAUAAAAAAUAAAUACAUAAAAAAAUAUAAAAACCAUCCCAAAAUUAAAUCAGUGACAACCUGCCCUCUGUACGAUAUAGAUAUAGAUAUAAACAUAAAUAUAAAUACAGAGAGCAGAUAUUUACGGGUUAGAUUCUUUAAAGUGUGCAACAAAUUUUUAUUUUUUUUAAAUAGUUCAAGGGACACUAUAGUCUCCAGAACAACUACAGCUUAUUGAAUUUGUUCUGGUGAGUAGAAUCAUUCCCUUUAGGCUUUUUGCUGUAAACACUGUCUUUUCAGAGAAAAUGCAGUGUUUACAUUACAGCUUAGUGAUAACUUCACUGGCCACUCCUUAGAUAGCUGUUAGAGAUCCUUCCUGGGUCAUGUCUGCCUAAAAUGCAUCCAAGCAUUCAGUGUCUCCUCCCUCUGCAUUCAGACACUGAACUUUCCUCAAAGAGAUUCAUUGAUUCAAUUCAUCUCUAUGAGGAGAUGCUAAUUGGCCAGGGCUGUGUUUGAAUCAUGCUGGCUCUGCCCCUGAUAUACCUCCUUGUCAGUCUCAGCCAAUGAUAUGGGGAAGCACUGUGAUUGGAUCAGGCUACCACUUCUGAUGUCAGCACACUGCUUGUUUUUCUGAGUCUAACAGCAUGCGGAGUUACAGCUUCAAGCUUGAAUACAGUAAGAUUUUUACUAUAUUUAUGGAGGCAUGAGGGGCCAGAUGGUGGUUUUAACACUAAAGGGUCAGGAAUACAUGUUUGUGUUCCUGACCCUAUAGAGAUCCUUUCAGUAUAUGAGAUCGUGUUUCGCUUGGGGUGCAAUAAUUAUCAAUUUACACCUGGCUUUUUCCUGAUCGGAUGCUUACUUUGUAUCACUUUUAUAUUUUAUUAUUGUAGUAUGUAUUUACAAAUGCACGAUUCCAGUGAGUAUGUGUUAGAUGAGAAUCAUAAAAAAUGUGGGGUGUUUUUAUUUUUUCAAUGUUAUGGGUGAUUUUAAGUCUUUGUUUCUUUUUUUGUUUUAUACAUAACAAGUCAAACAAUGUCAAUAUAUAGUAGAUGUGGUACUGUCAACUGGCUUACCUAGUGCACAAAGCAUUUUAAUUUUUGCGUAUGUGGUUCAUUUAUGUCCUAUCCAUGCCUGAAUGAUUUUCUUUCAUGAAAAUUCUGAAUUUGAAGCACUUAAAUAGGUGCUUCUUUUUUAAAAAAAAAAUUUUAUUUCCCUUUUCUUAACUGCUGUAGAGUAGCAAAUUGAUAAAUAUUAUUUGGAUCCAUUCUGCAAAUUCUGCCCUUAUGUUUGCUGUAUGGAUCUCAUGAAUCCGGUUUUACUUUAGGGGGUUGUGAAGAAUGUACAGCUUCUCCCGUGGAGGACCAGUAUUGGCUGAGAGAGCCUAGCUGUAUCCUGGACAUUGUAGCCUUGUAUACUAACAAAUGGCUAAUGUGAAAAGUGGCAUAUCCUGCUAGAUAAAUUUCCAUAAUUCUCUUGUAUAGUGUGUUUACCAGUGAAGAUGUGGCCCUUGUUCUCAUGCUUUUUCUUUUUUUUUAUCACCUGUAACAAUGCUGGUACCUGCUUUAAGCUGACUCGAUUCCUGAGAUACUUGGGAGUCCAAACAAAAAUGACAACCACUUGCUAACUCUGCCCUUUAACUCGUGCAACACUGUCUCUUGACCUUUUCAUACUCUGUCCUAUCUGGCCUCUUCUUGGACUCAGUCUUUGACUAGCCUGUAUCCAUAUCACCAAUUUACCUUCUAGGUCCAUGUCCAGUCCUCUAAAGCCCCCUUCCAUCCCCCUUAACAACACCCAUGAAGACUGAUAAAAAAAGCGGUUUCAUUGGCUGUUAUGGAAGAGGCUUAGAAGCUAAUAGAAAUUUAGAUAUCACUGACUACAUUAACACAGCCAGAAUCGGGCAAAUAGACAAGUGUUGCUUCGCAUAAAUCUUCUUGCGGACAUUUGAAAAAGUAAAAAAAAAUGGUUUUACGAAACAAAUAAUAAUUUAACCAAACAAAGGUAUAACCAUUUAAGAGUUGGCGAUGGGUUAACAUAUUCUUUUCUCUCUUACCUUCUCCAGGUCCCUCAGCAGAACUGCAGUAUAAUGUAA